GGGCGGGGGAGGGGCGCGCCAGAGCCGGGGCGAGUUGCGCGCGACGCCCCCCCCCGACGAGACCCCCCCCCCGCGCGGGCUCUGAGCGGCCGCGGGUUCGAGUCCCGCGCGGGCGGGCUCCGCCACUUCAGAGCGGGCGGGGAAAGAGGCGCUUUCGGGUGGCGCGGAAACCCGACGGGGCGCCGUCCGCUAGAAGGAGACGCCGUAGCUGGCCGGUCAGUUGGCUUCCUCGAGUCCGAGCUCCCCCUCCCGCGCUCCCCGCCGGGGGGGAGACCCCCUGGAGCCCCUUCGGGUCGGAAGAAAAGGCCCCGCGCAGCUGCGGCUCGGAGGGGCUUCUCCUUCCUCUCCCCCGCGGAGGGGUCCAGGCGGCCCUUCGGGGCGAUGCCGGGGAUGCUGAGGGUCCCCGCCCCGACGGGCCCGGCUCGCCCGCUCUCCCGCUCGCUCUCCCGCGGAGGCUUUGGGGCAACGGGGGCAACAGGCACCAUCUAAACGGGGGGGGGGGUCUGGUUUUCAGCAGGACGGGGAGAGGUGCUGCCCCUUUCCUCCGCUCUUACGUUCUUGCCGCUUGUUUUCUUUCUUCAGCGCUGGAAGUGAGCUGGGAGGCGAGAGCGAUGGCUGAGCGAGCCACUCGGGAGAGGUAAGUCUCGGAGCAGCGCGAGUUUCUCUCGGCCUUUGCCUUGGGUUAGCUGCUUAAGGAAGUCUCCCCCCCCCCCUUCCACGGGGGAAGAGGAACCUCCGGCUCCGGGGGCCCCGCAGAAGCCCACAGGUCACACCCGCCACUUUAAAGCACUGCUGGAGCAGCGCUUGAAUCCUGGACUUUGCGAAAGGUGCUGGGAAGAGUGGUUCUGGGAGGCCUCAUGAGUGCUUUGCAUAAUUUUUAGUUUUAGGAAACCUCAGUAAAGACUAACUGCAGUUUGUCUGAGUUUGGGCAGAACACUAAGCUGCAGUUAGUAUCGUCUUUUCAUGGCCACACUGGAGAAAACGGUGGCGAUCCUAGGAACCCAGUGGCCACAAAGACUUGUUAUUGCAAUACUAAACCAUGGUACAACUGCAGCCCCAUAAGGUAACCUUCAGGUAGGAAGUGAGGAUUUGUGGGCAAUACUAUUAACAUGAAAAGGUUGGUCCUUAGGGUAUAAAUAUUGAUUUGGUGAUUGAAGGACUGCCACCCAGUGGAUAUAAAGGUGUAUUAUAUCUCACAUAUUUAUAGUCUAAUGCAAUUUGCAGUUACUUUUGAUAUUAUGAGCAAGUGUGGCUUGUAUUAAUGUUCUGACAAUUCAUAAUGAUUAGUUCACUUAUGAGUUAGCAAAGUACUAAAAUGGAUGAUGGACAGUUUGUAAAGAAAUGUGUACCAUUAAUUAAAAUUAUUUGUUACUCCUGCAUACCUCUUUAUUAGUAAUUACCUGCUUAUUUACUUGCCAGUGUUGUGAACUCUAGCAAGUUCUCCUUUCCAUGAAUGGAAGUUACCUAAACUUUGUUGCUAUAGUAUUGCUUUAUGUGGUUUCUGAUAGGUUCAGCUGUUAUUGCGAUUCCUCUUUAGUUUCAGAACCGUCAAUAAUAUGAAGAAACAGCAAAUACGGUAGUAGCAGAAAGACACAAAUACUGAUAAAGCUGUACUAUUUUAUAAUUUCACCUAAAAUUAGAGAAGGCAUGGCAUGUGAUACAUUUUAUUUGCUGAGGCCAAUAUAUAUUUUUAAGAAGAUACAACAAUGGGGGAUUAGGUUUUUAUGAGUAAAGUGGUACCUUGGUUGGCUCCCAAACAAAUCAGCCCCUGAAUGCCUCAAACCUAGAAGUGAAUGUUCCGGUUUGCGAAUGUUUUUCAGAAGCCGUACGUCCGACUUGGCGUCUGCGGCUUCCAGUUGAGUGCAGGAAGCUCCUGCAGCCAAUCGGAAGCCGUGCCUUGGUUUUGUCUUUUUUUCAAAAAGUUAUUGCUUUUCCAGUUUUAUAACAAAAUAUAAUAACAAUACAUAAUAAAAAAACAGAAAAAUACACAAUACAAAAAGAAAAACAUAGAAACAAUUACAGUGGUGGCUCGCAAGACGAAAUUAAUUCGUUCUGUGAGUUUUUUCGUCUUGCGAGUUUUUUUGUCUUGCGAAGCACGGUUUCAAUUUUUUCAAAAAAAUCUUCAAAAACCUCAAAAAAGGCUACCACACUAUGAGUUGAUCCCCGAAGUCAAGUCGCAACUGCACCUCUUCAAGCAAUGCACCCUGUAUUACUAUAACGGUUUUAAGAAAAAGGAAACAAACUUUCAAGACGUUUCCGUCUUGCGAAGCAAGCCCAUAGGGAAAUUCGUCUCGCGAAGCAACUCAAAAAACGAAAAACUCUUUCGUCUUGCGAGUUUUUCGUCUUGAGAGGCAUUCGUCUUGCGAGGUACCACUGUAUUACUUUCAAUACCUAAUUUAAUUACUAGCCUCUCUUUUAUUGAUUCUAGUCCUUAGUAUUUUACGACCCAUUAUUAUUAUAAUCCUCAGCCAACUUCCAAGUGAUUCCCAAUUAUCUUAUAUUACAAUAUUUAGCUAGAUAUUCUUUAAAUUUCUCCCAAUCUUCUUGAGUCUCCUUUCUGAUUGUAGAUUCUUCCAGUCAGGUCAGCCAGCUCCAAAAAGUCCAACAUCUUCAUCUUCCAUUCUUCUAUUGUUGGUAUUUCUUGAGAUUUCCAAUUUUUGGCUAGUAAUAGUCUUGCCGCUGUGGUGGCAUACAAAUACAAUCUAACAUCCUUUUUGGGCAAUUCCAAUCCUAUUAGUCCAAGUAGAAAGGCUUCUGGUUUCUUAAUAAAUGUAUUUUUCAACAUUUUUUUCAACUCAUUAUAAAUCUUUUCCCAGAAGUCCUUAGGACACAUCCACCACAUAUGAUAAAAGGUACCUUCUUUUUCUUUACAUUUCCAACAUAAAGUAUCAUUUGUGUGGUAAAUCUUUGCUAAUUUUACUGGGGUUAAGUACCAUCUAUACAGUGGUACCUCGGGUUACAUACGUUUCAGGUUACAAUACACUUCAGGUUACAGACUCCGCUAACCCAGAAAUAGUACCUCGGGUUAAGAACUUUGCUUCAGGAUGAGAACGGAAAUUGCGCGGCAGCAGCGGGAGGCCCCAUUAGCUCAAGUGGUGCUUCAGGUUAAGAACAGUUUCAGGUUAAGAAUGGACCUCCGGAAUGAAUUAAGUACGUAACCAGAGGUACCACUGUACAUCAUUUUCAUAAUAUUUUCUUUUAAUACAGUGCAUGCAGUGAACUUAACCCCUUUCUUCCACAGCCUGUCCCAAUCUUCCAACAUUAUAUUGUGUCCAACAUCUCUUGCCCAAUCUAUCAUCAUAGAUUUAAUUUGUUCAUCCUUUGUAUGCCAUUCCAACAAUAAAUUGUACAUUUUGGAUAGGUUUUUAGCAUUGGUAUCUAACAACUCCGUUUCCAAUUUGGAUUUUUCCAUUGCAAAACCAUUUUUCUUAAGCUUAUACAGUUCGUUGAUCUGAUAAUAUUGUAGCCAAUCUAAUUUAUCUUUAAUUUGAUCAAAUGGUCUUAAUUUAAGUCCUUCAUUGUUUUCCCACAAUAGAUCAGCAUAUUUCAACCAUUUACUCUCCAUAUUUAACUUUUUCUGGGCCUUUGUUUCCAUUGGUGAGAGCCACCUGGGUGUUUUCCUUUGUAAGAGAUCUUUAUAUCUUAUCCAAACAUUAUAUAAAGAUUUUCUGAUUACAUGAGUUUUAAAACCUUUAUGGGCUGAUAUCUUGUCAUACCAUAAGUAUGCAUGCCAACCAAAUACAUAGUCAAAUCCCUCCAAAUCUAGCACAUCAACAUUUUCUAGUUGAAUCCAUUCCUUAAUCCAGCAGAAAGCUGCAGGUUCAAAGUAUAUCUUCAGGUCUGGCAAGGAAAAUCCCCCUCUUUCUUUUGAGUCUGUUAAUAUUUUAUAUUUAAUUCUGGGUUUUUUUCCCUUGCCAGAUAAAUUUAGACAAUGCUUUCUGCCAUUCUUUAAAACAUUUUACAUUAUCAAUAAUUGGGAUAGCUUGGAAUAAGAACAAAAUCUUUGGCAAUACAUGCAUCUUAACCACUGAUAUUCGGCCCAUCAUUGACAGUUUUAAAUUUGACCAUACCUCAACAUCUCUCUUAAUUUCAUUCCAUAAUUUUUCAUAAUUAUCCUUAUAUAAAUUCAAAUUUUUCACUGAUAAAUUCACACCCAAAUAUUUCACUUUUUUCACAAAGACAAGGCCAGUCUUUUCCGGAAGGACUUUUCUCUCCUCAUUAUCUAAGUUUUUCUCCAACACUUUGGUUUUGCUCUUAUUUAAGUUAAAUCCUGCUGCUUGCCGGAACUCCUGAAUCAGCUCCAGUGCUUUCACUGCACUGGAGUCUGGGUCUUGUAAAGUUAACACCAAAUCGUCGGCAAAGGCUUUUAACUUAUAUUGUUUGGAUCCUACUGUUAUACCUUUGACCUCUUCCUCCUUCAAAAAAUUCCUGAAAAUAAAAAGAUCCUACUAAAUGGAUUGAUCACAAGAAAAGAGGUUGAGAAGGCCAUAAAUCAGAUGCAGCUUGGUAAAGCCCCAGGACCAGAUGGUUUGUCUGCAAAAUAUUACAAGACUUUGAAAGAUUGGCUUAUUCAGCCGUCGGUUAGGUGUGCAAUAAAAUAUUAAGAGGGGACAAAGCACCUGAAACUGGAAGGAAGCUUUUAUAACUAUGAUACCAAAACCAGAUCAAGAUAGAUCCAACGUAAAUAAUUACAGACCGCUCUCAUUACUUAAUGUGGAUUACAAAAAUUUUACUAACAUUUUAACCAAUAGGCUGAAGAAGAUACUAACAGAUUAUAUUCAUAAGGACCAGGCAGGAUUCCUGCCUGGAAGACACAUGAAAGAUAAUAUUAGGAAUAUAAUCGAUGUGCUAGAAAGGUUGGAAGCUAAAAAAAUUUGUAAAGCGAUCUUAAUGUUUAUUGAUGCUGAGAAGGCCUUUGUCAAUGUUUCCUGGAAUUUUAUAAAAAAGAAUGGAGGUUGGACAAGAAUUCCUAAAUGGUAUUAAUGUGAUCUAUUUUGAACAAAAAGCAAAAAUUAUAGUUAAUAAUGUGGUCUCAGAAGAAAUUAGAAUUGAAAAAGGAACCAGGCAAGGGCGCCCACUUUCCCCACUACUUUUUAUUUCAGUUCUGGAGGUUUUGCUAAAUAUGUUAAGAAGGCCGUGCCUUGGUUUUUGAACUGUUACAGGAGUCGAAUGGAUUCCCAGAACGGAUUAAAUUCGAGAACCAAGGUACCGCUGUACUCUUAGUAGAGUUGGGGGGCAGUCCUAUUGCAAGCUCCACUGGGGUAGGCAGCCUAGGAUGCAGCAGAUCUUCCGCUCAGCUGGAUUAAAGUCCUCAGCGCUGGCUCAGAUGGGCUUAACUUGCUCAUUCUUGCCCAGCUGGCUGAGAUGAGCCUGAUGUAGUCCCAAAAAGGGGUGUGUUUCCAGGGAUGGGACUGGGGGAGGGGCGACUUAGGCACAGUCAUGUGACACGGCAACGUGGUGCAAAAUACUAUUUGAAAGGCUUGUUUCCCCUCUGCCAGUCUUAGGCAGAGCAGCAGCCACAGCCCUACUGCUGAACAGAGUUAGGAUCUGGUAUAACUUUGAUGUUGAUCUUUGUUGAUGUUUGUUUCCAAUAGAAACAGCCAAUUGAAGGGGCAGUAAGGAUGAAAAAGUUAUGCACUUAGGUUGCAUCUAAUGUGCAGUUGGUAUAUCAAAUAAAUAAGGCUACCACAUGCUGAGACCAUCUGCAGGAAGUGAAAAUUUUCUUGUAGCAGAGUACACUGCUGCUGCCAGUGAACAUGCAGUAGAAGCAUAGAUGCUUAUAAAAUUGCUUAAUUCAAUUUAAAGAACAAUAGAUCCCUUAUUUUGCAUUUGAAAAUGGGCCCCAAGUUGAAGAUUUUUGAAAUUAACGAACUUGAGGUGUAUGUCUGUUAUAAGUCUUUGACAGCACCUGAAUGCAACACAUGCUUCUGUUGUGAGGAUCAAAUUCAAUAAAAAGUUAGUUUGGAUGUUCUUUUUACAUUUUUUUUAAUAGUUAAGUUGAGAGAGAAAGAUUUUGCUUUGCUAGAGAUAGAGAGGUAAACUAUUCAAAACUUGGAAUUUUGAAUUUUUAAAAACAAUAUUAGCAGAUAAAAUUAUGACCUGUAAUCAAAACUGUAUAUGGAGAAUGUUACAUGAAUAUAUAUUAAAUUUUAAAAAAGAAAUUGUUGUAUCCCCUUGAAGGAUCAGUAAGUUACUGUGGCAUGAGCUUUGAUAGACAACUACAUUAGUAGUGCCCUCAAAAAAAAUCCUUAGAUUAUUAAAAUACUGUCAAUCAACAUAUGCUGGUUUGCACUCUCAAGGUUUAAGACCAGUUAACACAUGGAGUUGGGUAUAAUAUGUUGAGGCAUGGGGCAUUUGUUGUGUUCCUACACAACCUUGUCAAUUCUCUGCUUUUCAUUUCAAAAAAAAUCUGUCAAGGCUUCGGUUACAUUAAUUGUCCCUAAGUCUGAAAGCUGCUUCAGACAACUUGAGCUCUGAACUUCACCCUGUCUCAUCUCUGAAUAUCAUGAGCAUGUAAAUGAUAAGGUAGUGUAAACAUGUCUAAGCACAUCUUCAGGUGUGGUCUGCCACUGUGACCAAAGUUGAGCCUGAGUCAAUAUUCAACUUUUGUUUGUAGAUUCAUCUGCCCCAACUUCUUUCUCUUACGUAAGACUAGGGAAAUAUUCUUUUAAACCUGGUUUUGUCUGUGCUAUAGGACAAAGAAACUGGAAGACUUUGUAUAAACAAUGUACUGGAGACACUAUCUGAGCUUUAAGAUAAAACCCAUUAAAAAUGCAUGUGGGACAGUAAAGAUGGCAACAGCAGCACCCCUGAUCCUUCCCCAGUUCUACAGAAAUAUUCAACACUGAUCCGUAAAGCAAGACUGUUCAACGGUAUCGCUCUCUGAAGUUUAUUUUCUGCUCUACAGUAGACUAACUCUGAUUGCAUUUGUCAGGGCAAAGGGUUUGUUUUCAUCUGCUGUUCAUUUCAUAGGGCUGCCCAGCCAUAUAUCUGGAUGGGCUGGGGUCAUUCAGGCCCCUCAGUUCUGUUUGCUGUACAGUGGAACCUCGUGUUACGUACCAUCCCCCUUGCAAACGCUGCGGGUUACGAGCUCCGCUAACCUGGAAGUAGGUCCCCUUGUUGCAAACUUUGCCCCAGGAUGCGAGCAUGUGCCAGAAGCACGGCAGCAGUGGGAGGUGCCAUUAGUGAAAGUGCGCCUCAUUUUAUGAGCGGUUUCAGGUUACAAACGGACCUCUAGAACAGAUUACGUUUGUAACCGGAGGUACCACUGUAUGUAGAUUUUUGUUUCUGUUGUGCCAUAGCUCCUCCCUGAGUCUGCUUAUGUACAAGAGAUCUUUCCAGUCAUUCAUUACAACUUCAUAUCUGGGGCUUUUGUUUACUUUGCUCCAAAAUCCCUACAGACAACACACAGAAAAUAACUUCUGUGCUAGAGAUAAAUUUUUGUAGACACCUGAAGGCAGCCCCGUUUGGGAAGCUCUUAAUGCUUGCUUUUUGACAAGCUAUAUGCACAUGUUCUGCUUUCUUGUUGCCAUAUUGCUCAUGGCCCAUGCUUCUGCCCUCAGUAGACAGUAAUUGUAGCCAUCAGAAGCAGUAUUGGUGCACUAGAAGCUAGUAACCUUGGACCUCCUGCUCAGAUUUCCGUCCUGUUACGGCAGCUGUGUGGGAAGACGGUCAAAUAUAAACUCUUCAUGCGCCUUGUGCCCAGUGAUGUCCCUCUCUGUUGUUGCAGCACAUCCUUCUUGUUUGAUGUUUUGUUGUAUUUUUAAUAUUUUGUUGGAAGCCGCCCAGAGUGGCUGGGGAAACCCAGUCAGAUGGGCGGGGUAUAAAUAAUAAAUUAUUAUUAUUAUUAUUUUUUAUCUCCGCUUGCUGGGCAGGGUAGAGUAAGUGGCUCUGCCAUUGUGUGGAUUCCAGAUGAUCAGUAGUGGCAGCCUGUUUGUGGCUCUGUGACAAUCAUAAUAUCUAAUGAUUCUUUUUAAAAUUUAUAUUCCCUCUUUCUCCUCUUUGCUUCAAAUAAUUUGAAUAGAAGUGCUCCCCUUCCCCUGACAGUAUGGUCCAUUGAGUUCUUUUUUAUCUACUGCUUGGCAAAACCAUCACUUAACGUGCAUUAUCAUCUAACAUUUACUGCUUAUUAACUGAGCAGUAGAAGUAUUUGAUUACUUUAUUCCUAAACCCUUCACUGUAUGAUAGAUUUCUUUAAGUCAAAUAUAAAUAGUUGUAAGAUUUGCUGCUUUUGUGCUUGUGCUCUGAGUAGAUAAAUGGACAGCAGCAUGCUCGAGUAGGAAGAAUGCACGUGAUGGGAAAAUCUGGGCAGAAUCCAGUUGCUAGCUGUAGACAUCCUCCAAACCAGCUUUUGGACUCUUGCUGUAGGAGAACUGCAUGUGCAAACAGCAUUACUGUUUCUGGAUCAGAAUAAUUUCUUAGGUUAUGCAGAGUGUCUGUCCCGCCCCCCCAUCUUAUUAAGCUUGGCCUUACAGAGUAAAUCUAGUCUUAGCAUUUUGUUUUGAACAGCGGGCAGUGAGACCUUUGGAAACAGAGGAACAGCUCCUGACAUUUGGGAACAUACGGCCUCUGUACAUAAUGCUUUAAACUGAAACACUUCUUUGAUGUGUCUAGAUCCAGCCUAUAAGUAACUCAGCAUCUGCUGGUGUUACAAUGUUUCUAUUUUAACGCCAUAAUUUACAGGAAAAAUAAUGCAACUCCCCCCAAACCUUCCAACCUUUAGCCAGAACCCUUUGACUGAAGCAUUGUUCCUGUUCCACUAUUUGGUUGGGCGGGGGGGGGGGGGAAUAGAGAAGCACAUUUUAAUUUUGAAAGAAGAAAAAAAGUGAAACCAACUCAGUUGAUGUGUACAUCUGCUUGCAUGUUUUAGCUCAUGCUAAAUACUUCAGCUAUGAAAAAUAGCAUUCCUUGAGUAUAAGUAUCCUUGUAUUUAAUGGUUGAUUUUGAACUGAUCAAAAGCUGUCAGAUUUACUGUGUUCUGAAGACUUUUCAAGCCACUAUUCAGAGUUAACAAGGGCUAUCGAGUGUCUGGCUCCGAAGCGCCCUCUCCAGUUGCAUGGAGCCCGGACAGCCCCGUGGUUUUCCCCAGAGCUGAGGGCGAUGAAACAAUCAUUGAGAUGGCUAGAGCGCCAGUGGUGGAAAACUCACCGAAUCAGACCGGACACGGGUUAGAGCUCAGUGUCGAUGCAGAUGCAAUAGAGGGGGUGAAGAAGGUCCUCUUCCCAUCCUGCUUUGCAGAAGGGGCGCUGCGCAGCUCUCCAUCUCUGCGCAGCGCCUCUCCAGUGAAGUGGGAGGAGGAACGGAGCCCCUUCUAUUUCUCCUCCUGCUUUCCUGGAGAGGCACUGGGCAGUGCCUCCAGUGAAGUGAAGUCAGAACAGCAAGAGGGAUUGCUGCGCAGCGAAAGCAGCGAUCCGUCUUGCUGUUCUGGCUUCAGCGAAAGCAACGCAAAGCCUCUUCAGGGCAGGGGGACUGUUCCUCCCGUUGCCCUCAAGAAACUUCACGCGGCUAUCCCAGAAGUCAGAACAGCAAGAGGGUUCGCUGCGCAGCGAUCCCUCUUGCUGUUCUGGCUUCUGGGAUAGCUGCGCAGCCUGCAUUCGCUCCAUAAGAUGCACACACAUUUCCCCUUACUUUUUAGGAGGGAAAAAGUGCGUCUUAUAGAGCGAAAAAUAUGGUAGCCUUGGUCACACUGGUGGAUGAUCUCUGGCGGCCUAGGGACAAAGGUGAAAGCUGUUUCCUAGUUCUGCUGGAUCUCUCUGCGGCCUUUGAUACUAUCGACCAUGACAUCCUUCUAGACUGUCUAGAGGGGCUGGGAGCUGGAGGCAGUGUUAUACAGUGGUUCCUCUCCUUCUUCCUGGGCCUUGUCCAGAAAGUUGUGUUGGGGGAUGAGUGUUCAGACCCCUGGCCUCUCACUUGUGAGGUGCCUCAGGGUUACGUCCUCCCCCAUGCUUUUUAACAUCUAUAUGAAGCCACUAGGAGAGAUCAUCAGAGGGUUUGGGCUGGGUGUUCAUCAAUAUGCAGAUGACACCCAGAUCUACCUCUCUUUUAAAUCAGAACCAGUGAAGGCAGUGAAGGUCCUGUGUGAGUGUCUGGAGGCAGUUGGAGGAUGGAUGGCGGUUAACAGAUUCAGGCUGAAUCCUGACAAGACAGAAGUACUGUUUUUGGGGGACGGGGCGGGCAGAUGUGGAGGACUCCCAGGUCCUGAAUGGGGUAACUGUGCCCCUGAAGGACCAGGUGCGCAGCCUGGGAGUCAUUUUGGACUCACAGCUGUCCAUGGAGGCUCAAGGCAAUUCUGUGUCCAGAGCAGCUGUCUCCCAGCUCCAUCUGGUACGCAGGCUGAGACCCUAUUUGCCCGCAGACUCACCAGAGUGGUGCAUGCUCUAGUUAUCUCCCGCUUGGACUACUGCAAUGUGCUCUAUGUGGGGCUACCUUUGAAGGUGACCCGUAAGUACAACUAAUCCAGAAUGCAGCAUUUGCAUCCAUUUAUAUAAAUAUGCACACCCUUAGUCACCUGCCUGUGCAGAUAUAUAACUGUGUUGAUCACAUGCUAAGAGGACUUGCUGUGGAAGCCAAAGUGAUAAUAUUUCCCAGGGAGUGGAUAUGCUGGUGAUUUCCCUGUGCAAAUUCCACUGCAUUCCUAUUCUUUGAUGGCUGGGAGAGACUCGCUUGGGAAAAGGAAAACAAGCAUUCUGGAAGACUAUGAGUCGUAGCUCAGUGGCAGAGCAUCUGCUUUGCAUGCAGAAGGUCCCAGGUUCAACCCCUGGCAUCUCCUGGUGGAGGUAGGAGAUAUUCCUGCCUGAAAUGGGACCAAUAGCCUGACUCUGUAUGAGGUGCUGCAAGCCAUGCCCACUGUACUCAGGUUCUAUUUGUGCAGGCCAUCAGUGGUACCAGGAAGGGGUUGCAUCCCCAUUGUCUUUGUACAACUGGCCCCUGGUGGUACAAAUGCAUAUUGUGUAUCUGACCUGGCGAACGGAUAAAUGAGAUACAGCGAGAAUAGUGAUUGGGACCUGCUGCACAGGUCUCUGUGUUGAGGCUUCUGGAAAUAAUUGCAUAUGUGUGGGGUGAGCUGCUGAACCUUGACAUCUGCAACCUGGAUGGGGUCCACGUGUGUUGGAAAGACUGGAAGGGCAGCUAUUUGCUCUGGGGCGUUUCCACUGCCUUUGAUUAUCUAUACGAGGUGGGGCACUUGGGUUGUUCAGCAGUUACCUACACAUGUCUCCCUUUUCCCCAACUGACCUGCCAGGUCUUGUUGUCUCAAAAGCAUCUCUGUUCUCAGACUUGCUUCCCAAAAUGUUAGCAAAGUUCUGCUUUCCCCACCAGCUGUGAGGGCAGGAUGCCCCUUUACUAUCUUGGCCCUUCACCUGAGCCAUCCCUUGUGACAUCAGAGUCCAUGUAGGCAGGGCAUGUGAGGCAUAGCCCUGUGGCACGUGUCAUCUGAGUUGAGCUUGAUACGUGUAGGUUAUAUAUUCUGCUGAUACUGUGAGGCAGUUGACUGUUGAGAUGUUCCACAUCCUGAGCAUUCCCAUGUCACUACGGGCCUGGGAAAGGUGGGGGAGCCUGGAAAAUUAAGUUUCUGUAUCCUCUAUGUUUCUGCCAGAUUGCACUAGAUGGUACAGUGGUACCUCGGGUUAAGUACUUAAUUCGUUCUGGAGGUCCGUACUUAACCUGAAACUGUUCUUAACCUGAAGCACCACUUAUCUAAUGGGGCCUCCUGCUGCUGCCGUGCCGCCGGAGCACAAUUUCUGUUCUCAUCCUGAAGCAAAGUUCUUAACCUGAAGCACUAUUUCUGGAUUAUCAGAGUCUGUAACCUGAAGCAUAUGUAACCUGAAGCAUAUGUAACCCGAGCUACCACUGUAUUGUGGAUGUGACUGAUGGGGAAUUGGAUGUGGUAGAAUUAUGUCUGCUCCUAGCUGUGCCUGUGGCCUGGCUUGCUUUAUGUUAAUUACAUGUGGAUGUAUCUUUGCCUGCCAGGUUCUGUAUGCAUGGGUGACUGUAUUUCUGUCUGUGUGGUCUGUCUCCCCCGCUCCACUGGGGGGUGGAUGGGGCUAAUUAUGCCUCAUUCAGACUCCUCUUGAGCUUCUCAUUCCCUGGAUGCAGUUCUUACUACAGAUGGCUAGGCAAGAGGCCGUUUACACAUCUGACUAUGUACAGACCUUGAAGGCUGGAAAUCAAUACAUCUGUAACAGUUGUACCACCGGAACAUAAAUGCCACUAUUUCAGCAGAGUUGACACACUCUUCAGGGCCUGUUUUGGGUUUUCCAGAGUAUAACUUAGAAAACCUGAAAAACUGGUUCCAUGGAGAUGGAGGGAGAGGGGUGAGUGGAAGAGUCUUAUGCAUCCAUGGGCAGUAGCUGCUCGGCAAGCCUACUUCUCUUUCUUUGUAAAGCACUGUACAUUCACCCUUAGUCAUAUGUCCCAGCCAAGAAGGAGGCCUUUAGGAGAAAGCUUUUUCCUUCUUAAAUUUUUUUUUUUUUUUUUUUUUUUUUUUUGCUGAAGGAACGUAUUGCUUUUGCUAUCAACUCUGGUAUUAUAUGUUUGAUAAUGCUAAGGGUAUCUCUACAUCUUCAAGUCGGACAUGUAUCCCCAGAACAGAAAGAGUGGGUGGGCACCACAGUAGAUAGACUGGUAACUUGAUCAUAGGUUUGAUUACUCAAAAGUAAUUCUCAUUGUGUUCAGUACUACUUAACUCCUCAGUAAGCAUAUAACAUUGCAACCACAUUAACCUAGUUUUUAUGAAAGCAUUUAUUGAGACAUAUGGGGAACUCAGUGGAGUAAACGUAAUCCAAAUGGUAUAGCAACCUCAUCAGCUUUUUUGUGGUUACUUUUUGGAAUGGCCACUUGGAGGCGGAAAUGGAGAGUGGUUGAGAAGCUCCGACCCUUAGAGCCACUACUCAUUUUUCCUAUGGGAUGGUAAUGGAAGGAUGACCAGUUAGAAUUUAGUUUGAUCUUUCAUUCAGCAUUUUAUGGAGCUCUUUCAGUUGGUCAUCCAAUAAUUGCCACAUGGUACCAACAGCCAGUGGUGUUCAACAGUAUUUUUACCAUACUGGUUUCUGUUAGUCUCUACCUAACAGUUUCUGCCUUGCAUCUGAAAACUUGCAUCUGUCUCUUUAACAAAGAAGUGCAUUCCUUUCCGAUGGUUGAAAAAAUUAGUUUCACUUUUGCAGCCAGCACUCCACAUAAGGGACGAAGAAUUAAAAGCAAUAUAAAAUGAAAAUUCUAAACAAUCAGAGCUUCCUUAUUUGUUAAUAAUCUUUCCUAGUCACAAACAAUUAAAAUUUGUUUUUUUGUUUUAUUUUCAGUCUGUUAAUGCCUCUUCUUACGCCAGCAGUCAGUUUACAUUCCAGGUGAUAGUUUAACUGGUAGACAGAUCACCUCAGUUGUAAUUGAUCACAGUCUCAAAGAUAAUUAAAGAAGGGAGAUCUAGCUGACCUAAUGCCUCGAGGGCUAACCUUCAGGGCUAUUCUGUGGUGUCUGGGCACAAUAGUGGUUGGUUUCUCUCUCCCAGUCACUCACUAUCAGAAACACCCCUGUCUUCAGCGUGAAGAGUAGCUUUCUUCAGAGCAUUAGAGGUUGAUCCCUUAAGGUAAAGGUACCCCUGCCCGUACGGGCCAGUUGUGUCCGACUCUAGGGUUGUGCGCCCAUCUCACUUAAGAGGCCGGGGGCCAGCGCUGUCCGGAGACACUUUCGGGUCAUGUGGCCAGCGUGACAAAAGCGAGGAUGUGACAACCAAGAUUUAUGUCUUGGCUGUCAUUAAUCACUGCAUAAUUAUCUCUGUUGACAGAAUACCAACAAUUCUGGCACAUGGUUUUUUAAUAUAUUAUUAGAUUCGUGAUUCAAAUUGUCAGGGUGGCUUUCAGUAAAAUCAUUCCUGCAUUUCAGGGGGUUGGACUAGAUGACUCUUGGGGUAGAUUGCUGUUUUUGAGCUAUUUAUAUGGAAAACUGGCAAAAAGGGCACUGCUGCCAUGGGCUGCCAUACGUCUGCAUUUUCCCGGACAGUUUCCCGAUUUCUGCCUGGACACUGCUGCCGACUGCAGUACCUUGGUUCUCAAACGCCGAAAACCCGGAAGUGUUCCGGUUUUCAAACAUUUUUUGGUCAGCCAAAAGUCCAAUGUGGUUGUUGGCUAUUGAUUCCGGGGCGCCUGCACCAAUCAGAAGCUGCACCUUGGUUUUCUGAUAUUUUGAAAGUCAAACAGACAUCUGGAAUGGAUUAAGAUUGGCGCUUUUGUUUUUGCUAUUUAUUUUGUGUUUUUGUGGCUUUUUCGGUUAAUUUGUUUUUGUGACUGUGUGGAACCCAGUUCAGCUACUGAUUGAUGGACUGUGUGACUGCGGAAAUGGAUAAAAGCCCCCAUCCAAACUGACUAUCAUCCGUGCAGGUAAGAAUUUGUUUUUAUUUUUAUUAUCUACAAUACAGUGGUACCUCUGAUUGCAUACGCUUCAGGUUACAUACGCUUCAGGUUACAGACUCCGCUAACCCAGAAAUAGUACCUUGGGUUAAGAACUUUGCUUCAGGAUGAGAACAGAAAUUGUGCUCCGGCGGCACGGCAGCAGCUCCAUUUGCUAAAGUGGUGCUUCAGGUUAAGAACGGACCUCCGGAAUGAGUUAAGUAAUUAACCUGAGGUACCACUGUACUGUUUUAUUUAUUUUAUAGUACAGUACAUUGAUAUGGCUUUCAUUUUAUGGAUCAAUGGUCUCGUUAGAUAGUAAAAUUCAUGUUAAAUUGCUGUUUUAGGGGUUGUUUUUAAAAGACUGGAAUGGAUUAAUCUGUUUUGCAUUAUUUUCUAUGGGAAAGCACGCCUUGGUUUUAGAACGGACUUCACGAACGGAUUAAGUUUGAGAACCAAGGUACCAGUGUAUUCUGACUGUGUAUGGGAGAAUCUGGACAUAUGUCAACCGUACCUUGCGGUCCCUUCCAAAUCUACACUUGGUAAUCUUUACAAUAAGGAACACUUUUCCCAUGUAAUGACGUUAUCGGAUAGGAAAGGUCAGUUAGGGCCCACAGGCAGAAGUGGGGGAGUUCGCAACAUUGCAUAGCUCUUUCUCUGAGACACCUCAACUCUUAGAAUCACAGCACUGUAGAGUUGGAAGAGACCCAACCCCAUGCAAUGCAGGAAUCAUCUGCCCCUUUCUUACUUAAAAAGUAUGGAAAAGGUAACAUCCCCAAAUUUUUCUAUUAUUUUAUUUUUUUAACAAUUAUAACUGGUACUGGAUUUUUAUCACACUAUAUGCAUUAAUUAGCUCUCACCAAUAUGUACCUGAAACUCAGGAUUACAUUUUAUAUAUCUGAAAGCUUAUGCCAUUAUAAAUGUAUUCACCUUUAAGAUGCCACAAGACUUGCUGCUGUAUUUACCACAUACUUAUUUUUUGUUAGGUAAUUAUUCACUUUUGUUGAACACAGGUUAUUAAUACUGGCAGUUGUUUCUGCUUCUGCUCUCCUUCUGUCCGCAGUCUGUAAAGUGAAGAAGCGUGGGGGGGGGGGCAAGGAAGAAAAGAAAGCAGCCCCUCUGACUGUGGGGAGGUGCUGCGUUGCUGUCUGCAAUCUGCGGUGGGCUCCCUGAUAUGUGGUACCAGUUGGAUUGCUAUAGCAUGUUAUAUGUGGGGCUGCCUCUAAAGACGGUUCAGAAACUUUAGCAGGUGCAAAAUUUGGCAGCUAAGUUGCUCACCAGGGCAAGACGGUUUGAACAAAUCCUGGCCCAACUGCACUGGCUACCAAUAAGUUUCCGGGCCCAAUUCAAAGUGCUGGUUUUGACCUACCAAGCCUUUAAUAGCUCAGGAACGCAAUACCUCAAGGACUGCCUUUCUCCAUGUGAACCAACGCAGACCCUGAGAACAUCUUCGGAAGCCCUUCUUUGGGUGCCUCCUCCAUGAGAGGUCUGGAGAGUGGCAACACGAAAACGGGCCUUCUCUGCAGUGGCUCCCCAUCAGUGGAAUGCUCUCCCCAGGGCAGUUCGCCUGGCGCCUUCAUUAUACAUCUUAAGGUGCCAGGCAAAAGCUUUCCACUUUAACCAGGCCUUUGGCUAAUUAACAUCUUGUGACCUUUUACAUUGUCUUUGGGUGGGGUGGGGGUUAUGGGAUUGUUCUUGUUUGUGUUAUGUAUUUUGUGUUUUUAUUUUGGAUUUUUAUGCUGUGAACUGCCCAGAGAUCUUUGAAUGAAGGGGUUAUACAAAUUUAAUAACAAUACCAGCAUCCAUGGCGCAUGUUCUGAAUUCAGCUGUUCCUUGUUAGUUCCUUUGCAACUUCUUGGCCAGUGCUAGGACUGUCCUUCCUGAUUCCAGUUUCAUUUUGCCCUGCCUUUACUGAAUGGCUACACCUCGUAAGGUUGGUCUUGCUGUAUGUAAUUGUUUUUCCAAGUUCCCUUUUUAUGUUCUUAUUUUUUGACUCAAACCAAAAAAGCUAUGCUGAAGAGUUAUCUUACAUGGCAGAAGUAUUGCAAACAACCUUGAUGCCCCUGCUCCCCCAGUGCAAGGUUAUGGAGUGUUCAGAAUAAUUACUACUCUGACAAAAACAAUGGCUUCUGUUGCAAUUUAAUUGAAGUAAAUUAUAUUCAAAUUAAGUGGUUUUAACAAUACUGCAAAGUUGUGUUUAGCUGAUUUACAGUGUAAAGGGUUUGGUGAUUGAUCAUUAACUGCUCUGAACAGUGAAAUUCUUCGGUUCUUAGCAAACAGAGCACAGGGAGGAAUAUCUGAUAGGGCUGCAUGAAUUGCUGUGGCCUUUCCUUGUCCUCUUGUUGAGCAUGCCGUCUGUAUGCUCCACUUUGCUUCUGCAAUUGUUCGGCCUUUGCUCUCCAACUAGUUAAGGUGUGGCUGGCUGAUUCAGGUUGUUCUCUCUUUCCCCUCUUACCUGAAGAUUUGCAUGUUUGACCUGGUGGAGUAAUUGGGCCCACAGCAACCUGGGCGUGCCUCUCUGAGAAACAUUUAGUUUCAUGUAUGACUCAUAAGCUGAAGCACACACACCACUUCCCCAAUCUACAGAAGCCAUUUUAACUGCACAAAACUGCUGGAUUACUUUUUACUGUCUAGCUUUUGGGACUCUGCAAACAUCUUAGAUCAAGGUAAUUUUGACUGACUUAACUUGGUGAAGUGUCUGUAACUUAAAUUUAAUAUUUCUGGUAGAGGAUUAGGUGUACCUGCUGAGUUUUUAAAAACAAACAUGGCUGUGUGCUUCUGGCUAUGUUAAUAAUUGAAAGUCACACGCUUAAUUUAAUUAAAAAUAGGGAACAGAUAGUGUAAUACUGACUGUUUUGUAUUUAAAUGUUUUGUUUGCCACAAUAUUAAAAAAUGGGUUUGCAAGAUUAAGGCUGGGAAAAUGAUCUGUUGUUGCACAAUAAGUUUGAUUGCAGGAAAAUUGAAAAUCACUUUAAGGGGGCCUGUCAGCUUUACUGGUUUACCUAUAUGUAAAAGUGUUAAUGGAUUUAAUGCUUUUGAAAAAGGAAACUAAUAUAAUAUAAACUGUUGAAAUCCAGCACUGUGUGCCGCAGAAAAAAUACAUUUCAGGUGUAGCCUUUACCUUUAAGGUGGAUUCUUAUUUGUAAAAUAGUUACGUGUGUCUAAGCAUGGUAUAGGCAAGCCUGUGGCAAUCCUCCAGACGACACAUUAGUAAACUGAGCUGGGUUAAAGAGUUGAAUUCUGAUUGUUCACAUCCAAGAGACUGAGCUGAGGAAGACUGAGCCAGUCUUCUGUUGUCUGUGAUUUUAGCACUCAGCUUUCUGUUAUGCUACCCAAAAAAUGAAAAAUAAGAGUUUGUAGUUGUUAUAAUCCUAAAGACUGUUGUUGCUGGGAAUUUCUGCCGUUCUAUGCUGCAAAACGUAUAUAUUACAUUUUAUAGCAGAAGGGAGUUUGUGGUGUAACAUAAAGGUCUCAGGUUAGGACCAAGGAGUGGAAAGGCUGUUUCUAUGAGGGGAGGGGAAUACGCUUGAGUUGUAAAUUAUUUGUCUCUUGACUUCAGCAUGCAAAGUUACUGUUUUCCACAACAUGAUUUUAGAUGGGGGAUUCUGCCUGUCUUGUUUAGGCGUUAGUUGUCAGUUUUAGCUGAAGGCUUAUCUGAGUAAGCUGUGUUUUAUUUCCCCUUUUCAACUGAAAACAAAACUUGAUCAACUUUUAAAACCAGGUCCGCUUCCUUAAAACAGAAGAUGCAAUGCCAGAGGAAAAGCUGCCUGUAAUGUCUCCCUGUGUCUAUGGAAUACAAUGGGGCUUUUUGCUGCUACCAACAUUACCAAGAUAGAAAGCUUGCAUGUUGGCGGGGGGGGGGGGGGGCUUGGUCAGAUGCUGUUCAAUUUCUGGUACUGUUCCUUUGUUUCAGCCUCUCUAUUAAGUUCUCCUGCAGUAUCCCUAGUGUUUAAUGCUUUCAAAGUAGUGGUAUUUCCUAGCAUAUAAGGAGCCUAUGUUAUCAGAUAUUUAAAAAUAACUUUGAAAUCCACAUAUAUAUCUGUGAUCGAAAGAACUUGGUGAUUGCUGUCUGUAUUCAGUAAUGUUUUAGGACAACUUUUUGUGAACCGCAGUCAACCACAAAGCAAGCCUCUUUUGAAUCUGAGGAGAUGUGAAAGGUUGGUGAUAGGGGCAGGAAGUGUAUGCUGCUCAAAACAAACAACAACAACAGCCUUUAAACCAUUCUCACGAGUUGGGCAGAAGCCCUUGAACAUGACAACUUUGGGUUGCUAGCCUCAGAAGGCCAAACUAGAUAUUUAUUUAUUCAUUAAAGUUUAUGUAGUGCUUGAUUGUGUGUGUGUGGGGGGGGGGUUUAAAAAACACACGUUCAAAGCAGUUUACAAAAAUAAUAAAACAAUCAGAUUCUCAAUAAAACCAGUUAAAAACAACUAUUUAAAACAUUUUUAAAAAAUAAAAUCAGUGAUAAGCAAAAAACCAGAUUAAAACACAGGCCAACGUUCUACAUAUCUAGAUAGUCACGCUUAAACAAAACGUUUUUAGCAGGCACUAGAAAAAGUGCAGUGGAUGUGCUGGCCUGAUUUCAAAAUGACCAAAAUGAUUCCAAAAUGUGUGCUGUCAAACUAAAAUAUGGAUUUCUUUCAAAUGUGUUCCAAGUAUUAUGUGCAGUGCUUUUUUUCUGGGGGGACACAGGGAUAUGAAUACUCCUAAACAUUUUGGGAAUCUUUGUACUUUUGUCCAUUUACUGUAUUGUAUUUUUCCUGAUCUGAACUAUAAAAUGGUGAUUUUCUUGAGUCAAAAUGAGAGUACCCCUAAAAAAAAAUUAAGAAAAAAAAGCACUGAUUAUGUGGCAUCUUUAACAGUGCUAGUUCCGCAGAUCAAAGUGCUUGAGUGGCCCUAUAUGGGAUAAGGCAAUCUCACCGGUAAACUGUCACAGUUGUAAAGUUGUCACAGGCUUUCUAUACCAACAGGAACAACUUGAACUUGACCCAGUAGCAAAUCAGGAAGCGCUGCAGUUGUCUGAGCAAAGCCAUUCUAUGCUGACAGGGUCUCAUUCCUGUCAGCGAUCAUGCCACAGCAUCCUGCACCAUCUGCAGCUUUUGGAUCAAGUGCAAGGGAAGCCCUACAAGCAUUCCAAUAAUCCACCCUUGAAGUAACCAAUGCAUUAACUGCUGUGGUCAAGCUCUCCUGAUUCAGGAACAUCGUAGGUGUUGCACCACUUGCAUCUGUUAAAAGGUGUUUCUAGCCACUGAGCCUACCUGGACCUCCAGUGACAAAACUGGAUUUGGAAGCAACCCCAGACUGUGAACUUUGCUCCUUCUUGGGGAGCGCAAUGCCAUUCAGAGCAGGGAGUUGACUAGUUUCUUGGACACAGGAACCAGUCUCACACACAGUGCCUCUACCUUGUCAGGAUUCACGUUCAACUUCCUCCCCCUCAUCCGUCUCACCAGGUAGGACACAGAAGUUCUCACAGCUUGAGUGGUGGUCUAGUCUUUGGUUAGCCCACACCUCUGUUUCAUUUCUUGGUUAAAAAUUCCACCUGCCCCUUUUGGGGGCAGAAUUAUAUGGGUACCUGCAAUUUUUCCAAGGGGAAAGAUCAACCUUGAAGGAGGAGGCAAUUUUUAAGUGGAAGGUGUUGUGAGAUCAGUCCCCUCCCCUAUAGUUUUCCCAGCUUGAUUUCCUCCAUGACUGUUACGUAGUGUAGAAAAAGUACAGGAGAUUCUCAUCACAUCGUAUCUCGCUUAAGGGGCAGCGUAAAAAGUUAAAGGUGAAUGUUCACUUUUUGUAAUGAUUAUUAAUGUUCUCAUAGUUCCUAGUGGUCUCCUGACAUAUUCUGUCAAAACCAAGUCUGCCAGCUUCUUUUUAAAACAUUGGUAUUGAAAUGACCAUUAUAAAAUAUUUUCUGCUUGCAGUAGGAGCAUUUCUUCAUUACUGGGGUUUUUGGGGUUGUUUUCUAAAGCAACCCUUCAUUUCCAAAUUGUUGGACGUAUUUAACAAAAAGUGGUGAAUUGCAGUGCCAAGUUGCUUGUUCCAUGUGUCACAGCAACGCAGGUGGCGGCUGCUGUUGGAUAUGAAGUCUCUAUUAAUUUGUCCUUUGCGUGAACAGUGAAUGUGAUAUCUAGCCUAUUGGAAAGAAAAGGAACAGAACAGAAUAGAAUGGCUGACCUAGCUGAACAGAACAGGACCCACAUAGAAACAUUUGGAAUGUUUUGUGUUGUUGGUUCUGGUGUGUGUGUGUGUGUGUGUGUGUGUGCGCGCGCUGCAUUUCACAAAAAGUGGUUUACAUCAAAAUAUUAAAACUGGGAAAGAGGAUGGGUGGAUAGGGAAAGAGAGAAGUGCAUCUCUGCAUUAAGAGAGCAAAAUUGUUGUUUGGCACCUACUCAUGUUGUGUGUUCACUUGGAGUUUCUGGGACUCAAGCAAAGUUAAAUAGCAACUUCGGCAGUUCAAGUCAAGUUGUUUUAUUAUGGUCAAUGACCAGUAUUAGGAUGAAAUCACCAAUUAAAAAAUUUAAAAUCUUAGAACAAACUAAAAUAAAUAAAAUUACAUAUACAUAAAAAAGCAGUUCCAGCUGGUCAUUUAUCCGUCAGAGGGAACCCUUCAUGAUCAUUUGUCAAUAUACUACUCCUGGGUGCUAGUCAUUAUGUGUCACAUUUUAAUUGCUGCUCCGCAGAAUUUGAAGCCACAUUAUAUGUUACACCGGAAUUAUUAUCCAGGAGCAGCAGAGUAGCAAGAAACUGUUCAGAACUCCUAGUAUAUUUCUGGAGUAUAGGCAAAAUAAGGUACUACUGCAAUUAUUUUUCAGGAGGUCUCUUUCAAGGGAUUGUCACCAACUUGCUUGGGAAUAAAAGUAACCCUUUCAGUAAUGUUCCCCUGAUGAAAAGCAGUGAAGGCUAAAAAUGUGUUGGAAUAUAUUUUUUGAUGUUUACCACAUCUGUUCUUAUCUCUGUGGUUUCAAAGUUUGCAGAGUUGCCAAUUUCUUGUAUUCUGCUGGCCUCUUCUGCUGUACUUUAACAGCUACUUGAUCAAAAGACAUGAGCUGAUGCUUAUAUUUGCCUCUGCGUCUUGAAAAACCUCACUUGUUGAUUUUUGCAGAUUACACAAUAGUUGUAUCCUGAUUUUUAUAUCAAAAUCUUUACAUGUUUUUGGUUAUCUGACCAAUCUGUUCUUGCUCCUCAGUUUAUGCUCCCCCCUCCAUUAAAACUGGAAGGUAAAGGUAAAGGGAACCCUGACCAUUAGGUCCAGUCAUGGCCGACUCUGGGGUUGCAGUGCUCAUCUCGCUUUAUUGGCCGAGGGAACCAGCGUACAGCUUCCGGGUCAUGUGGCCAGCAUGACUAAGCCGCUUCUGGCGAACCAGAGCAGCGCAUGGAAAAGCCGUUUAUUGUGCUGCAUACCCAGAGGGAAGGCAUUAUAACUUUCCUCAGAUACAGCUCUCAAAGCGGAAAUUAAUGUGAAGCAGGAACCCUCCUUUGUCCUGAAACUGACACCAUGACUAACUCUACCUUAAAAAAGGUAAAGGGACCCCUGACAGUUAAGUCCAGUCGCGGAUGACUCUGGGGUUGCGGCGCUCAUCUCGCUUUACUGGUCGAGGGAGCCGGCGUACAGCUUCCGGGUCAUGUGGCCAGCAUGACUAAGCCGCUUCUGGCGAACCAGAGCAGCGCAUGGAAAAGCCAUUUACCUUCCCGCCGGAGCGUUACCUAUUGAUCUACUUGCACUUUGACGUGCUUUUGAAUGGUUUACAAAAACUGACACGCUCAAACCAUAAACUGUUUUUAAAUCAUACAUUUCAAAACAGGGCAAUGAAUUACAGUCAUACCUCGGGUUAAAGAUGCUUCAGGUUGAGCAUUUUCAGAUUGCGUCCCGCGGCGACCCGGAAGUAACGGAACAGGUUACGCCGCUCGUGCAUGCGCAGACACUCAGAAUGACAUCAUGCGCAGAUGUGGCGACCUGCGCAGAUGCGGGUUGCGUUCUGCUCAUGGUGCGAAUGGGGCUCCAGAACGGAUCCCCUUCGCAUCCAGAGGUACCACUGUACUAAAAUGAGCUAAUGUGACUUUACUAAAAAUGCAGCCACAAACCAACCACUGAAGCCAGCGGUAAAAGGAUAGUAAAAAGAAGGCUCCCCCCUUUCCGUGGGGAGGGCAACCUAGUCUGGGAGCAUUUGCAAACUUCCAUUCAGAGUAUUUGGAGUUGGUUUUCCCACCCCACAGCACAGUCUUCUUACCUGGAUUAAGUUUCACCUUGUUUCCUCUCAUCCACCCAAAAACUGCCUCAGGGCCUCCCUGGGGUUAGCAGAUAGAAAAGAGACGUAGAAUUGGGUGUCAUACUGAUGGCACUUCAACCCAAACCUCCAGGUGACUUCCCUCACAGUGAUUUUAUAUACAGACCUUAAAGGUAUACUGUGUAUAGCACCCUGAAACUGCUCUCCUUUCAUCACUUUCUCCAGGAAGGACCAGAGGAAGUAGAUGUGAUUUGCAUCAGUAAUACUUUUUUCUGAAAUAGUUCCACCUAAUAUAACUUGAGUGACAGAACAUUAAUAAAUGCAAGAUCAUUGAAAGUGCAGUCUUGUAGGAGAUAUGUGUUGUCUUUCUGAUUGCACAUGCAAAGACCUCAUAGGGCACUUGUGAAUCCACCCCCCCCAUCGCAUUCUGCACUCUGUUGAGCAUAAUUUGUAGAUCUGAUUCUGAACCAACCUUUUGUCUGCGCGCAGAAUGGCUUCUGAACGUCCAACCAAGUCAGGAAUUGUAGGGCAUAGCAUUCACUUAUUGUAGAAGUGAAUACUCUGCAUUUGUGUACUGCUUACUUGCUGAACCAUAUGAAAUAGUUAACCUAGGCCAAGGGUCACCAACCCUUAUGGUUGCGUUUGCAUAUUUACACAGACUUGGAGAAACUGGUGUGGACACUGCACACACGUGCUACAACUCAACGCACAUGGCAACUAUCGGCUACAGCCGGAUGCUUCUUUCAAGCCUAAUUUCAGAAGUGGGGAGGAGACCCAGUGGGCACCAGGGAGGGUGUAUGUGGGGGCAUCUAUGCCCACAGGAACUAUGUUGGCAACCCCAGACCUAGGCAAUAUUUUAUUGGGUAAUUGUUUUAUGGAUAGUUCUGCUAAUAAUAUGCCAAGGAUAUUUUUAUACACAAGGCUUAAAGCAAUUCUGCUUCAAUAAGACUUUGGGAAAAGAAGUUUAUUUGCAGUGCUUCUUUCCGAUGCGUUAGCAGUGAUUAGACCCACAGGGGUCUAAUCAAUGCAAUUUAAGGCUGUGUAAAAUUAUUCCUAGUAAAGGGGGAAAGCAUCUAAGCCUUAAAGUGUAACCACUGUUAAAAAGAAGGUUUUGUUAAUUGGGUUCAUUUUGUGCUGAAAGAAAUAGUAGGAAGAUCAAAGUAGUACAGUAGAUGCAAUGCAUCGCUUCCACUCUCCUCAAGAUCCAUAAGAUGUGGGCAAACAACUGGAAGAAACCAAAUUUACGAGCAACAGAAAAAUGGUCUUGAGGUGCUUGGCAGACUUUGAUCAUGAUAAAAAUGACUUGCUUGAAGAUGAUGAUGAUGAUGAUGAUGAUGAUAUAACCCCCUCAAUCCGGCUGGGUUUCCCCAGCCACUCUGGGUGGCUCCCAACAGAUUAAAAACCGAAUAAAACAUCAAAUAUUAAAAACUUCGCUAAACAGGGUUGCCUUCAGAUGUCAAGAGGCUCCCUGGGGAAAUAGACUUGCCUCCCCAUGGACAACUGGCAGACUAAGAUGAUACAUCGGAAGAGACCCUGUAAUGUACAAAGGAAUAUGGCAGUAAAUAUUUAAUAUUGGAUAAUUCUGUUAGUCUCCAUAAAUUGUAACAUCUUUUCAGAUUCAAGUCUCAAACACAUUCCCCACUCCCAAAAAGGAUUGAGAAACUUUGGCCUUGUUCAACUGUUCAAGAAUAAGCUUCAGUCAGCUUUGGUCUCAUGUGCUUCCUCCUCCAUCCCUGGCACAGUUGGAAGAAAGAUUUGGGGAGUUUUCAAUAUUAGAUUAGCCAUAGCUUGUUGUGAUGUUUGACCAACAGGGGUUUGUCUUAAUGAUGGUUUAUUGAAAUAAGUCAAUUUUAAAGCAUAUUUUACGAGUCUGGCUGACUGGCUUGUUUCAACAGACAUAAUUAAUAUUAUCCACAGUUCAGGUUUUGGAGAACACACUUAACAAUUGUUAAAUGGAAGCAGAAGCUUCAGAUCUCCUUGAGAGAGUUGGGAGGCAGAGAAACUUGCAUGUGUUGGUUUUCAUAGCAUUAAACCAUGGUUUGGCAUUCUGUUUGGAUGCAACCUUCCUCCAACUAUGGAAUGUAUACUCAGUUGUUACUUUAAGUGUCACUUAUACUUCAUUUCUCCCUUCCUCACCUACAAAGUCCUUUUUGUAAUAUUCCAGAAUUUGAAACAGUCUGCAAUCUGAAUAAUUUUAGGAAAGUUGCGUAUAUGCGUGUAAAUUGUUUUUGUUUUUAUAAUUUUAGUUGUAUAUGGAAGUUUGUAUAUGGGACUUCCGGGGGCGGCGCGAACGGCGAAUGGCGGUCCUCUUCUGAACGGGAGAGGAGGCUCCACAGACAACGGGUCGUCCGCUACGGCGAAGCGGAGACCCACAUCGGAAAACCCCAGGCAGCAAGAGCCUGGGGUCCUGGGGCUCGGUGGGCGCCUUGAGCGACCCUCCAAACGUGAAAGGAACCCCGUAAGGGGCUCCGGAGCGUGGAGGGGGGUUGCGGCGCUGAGAGCUGCUUCACAGUCCGUGGAGCGAAGCCGCGCUGCUGUUGCCGGUGAGCGCUGAUCCCUUUUCCUGUCAAAAUAUGGAUUCGGAUGAAAAGCAACUUAUUCGUGAGUAAAGACUGAAUCACUUGAAAUUAGAGACUUUAAAUGAAAAAUCCUAAUUGGUUUGAAGAGGCGGAGAGACGUGGAAACAGGAAGUCCGUCUUCCGCAGCCAUUGAACUUGAAAAAAGCAACGAGCUGGAGGAGUGGAGGCUGAAAGAAAGAGACUUUAAACUUUACAGAUCUAAGCAUCUAUUGGACUUGCAAUUGAAGGUAAAGACUUUAAGUUAAAGAUUUGGAAUCAUUACUUGCACUUGACUUUCCUCCUUUUAUUGGAUUACAAAUUAGAAGGUGAAACCCAGAGUCAGGAGCUGCCUGAACAUUGAGAGACUGAGCUGUCAGUAUUGCAGAUUUGGAUACUGUAUAUUGGAACUUGCAACAAUCUGAGAGUAUUGAGACCUUUUAAAUUUGAAACAUUCUUUUUUGAGACAAAUAAGCACUGUCUGUAACAAAGUGACCAUUUAUAAACUCUGCCAAAUAUUUGUAUCUGAAGGUUCUUGGAUAUUAAAUUAGACUCUGAAAGACAUUUUAGGCUCCCUCUAGAGGAUCGGAUUAAAACAGUGACUUUACAUGUACAUUUACUUUUGAUUCCCUUGUUGGCUGCCGCUCUGGGCCUUUCCAUUCCCAUGGGAAAUUCAGUGUGACCUUGACUGAUAGAUAACGUUGGAAUGAGUGGCACAAGAAGAAGAGGGAGAGUUAGACAAACAACUUUAACAACUCUAACCUCAGCCUCGCAGACACGUAGAUCAUCUGUACCUACUUUGCCCUCAGAAGUAGAAGUUGAAGAAGUUGCCUUGUUACAGGCAAAAGAGGGAGAGGGUGAAGCAGAGCAGUUACAACUGGAAGAUAUGGCCUCAGGAGUAUCUGUUUCUGUUCUAGACAAAAUCUUUGAAAAAUUGGAAGCUUUGGACAAGAAAGUAGAUGUGCAAUCAGCAAAGAUUGACAAAAAUACAGAAUGUCUAAAUAAAUUAACCAUACAAGUGGUACAGAAUACACAAGCAAUUGGACAGUUAACGGAGGCCUCAGCAGAAAAUCGGAAAUUGGCUGAGGACACCAGACAAAAACUAGAAAACUUAGAGCAAGAGGUAAGACCACUUACUAAACAAGUUGGGGAGCACCAGAUUUAUCUUUCUAUGAUAGAACUGCGAAACCGUGAGAAUAACCUGAGGAUUAGAUCACUACAAGAGGCAGAAGAAGGAAAUUUAACUGAAUUUUUGACCAAAGAAUUCUCCAAGUUCUGGAAUUUGGAAGAAAAGGACUUUAAAAUUGUGUCAGCUUUCAGACUUGGAAGAUUCAUAAAGAAGGAGAGGCCCAGAGACUGUUUGAUAACAUUGAGAUCAAAGGAGGAAAGGGAUAAGAUAGCGUUCUGGGAAAUGAUCUAUAAUGAAUUGAAAAAGGUAUUUAAAUAUACCUUCACUAAGAAACCAGAGGCUUUCCUUUUGGGUAUUGUCGGCCAAGGGGUGGCAAAGAGGGACCAGACAUUUUUUAUGUAUGCAACAACAGCAGCAAGGAUACUUCUCGCAAAAUACUCUUCCUCCACAAUUUAAAGAAGUGGCUUUUAAAAGUUGGAGGCUCUGUGGCUGCCUGCUUGCUGUGAAUUUGGUGUGUAUUUGGGCACAAGUAUACAUGGUUUCUUUCUUUCCCCCACCACCUCUAUUUCAGUUGCCACUGAUUGGUUAGAUCUGACACAGAGAUCUGGGCUUCUUAGUUCCAAAUGUUUGUGAAAAUUCCUCUUUUAAAUGAUGCAAUAUUUUAAUGCUUUAAACAAUUACAGGGUUGAUUUUUACCUAGGAAAAAGUAGUUGGAGUUACAAUAUCCAUCGUAUCUUAAUUAAGUAUUUUCCAAGCAAAAUCUAAGAUUGCCCAGUUAAAAUUGCCAGGCUUGGUUGUAAUCCCUCCCAGCUAACUCCCAUAAUUUUCCCAUUCUGGUACUUCCUGUUUUGUGAUGGUUCUUUGAUGAAGAAAGUAAAAUUUUUGUAUGACUUUUGUAGCUUAAAGGUGUAUACUACAGUUGACAACAGAUGUUUGUCAAACUCUGAAAUGCUUGCAUCAUUCAAUAGUUUUAAUCAUGCUAUGUUUCAUAAAAAUGCAGGAUUAAUUGCUUCUAUACAGUUUUUGUGAUGAUGGACAUGUGGCACAUCAUAUUGUUGCAUGCCACCCCAAUCUCCAAUUCCAGCGGUUCCAGGCCCUUACCCAGGGUUCAUGUUUCCUUUUGGAAUGAGGCACAGAGGAGAUUGUGGUGUCUUUAUGAUAUCUGAUCUCUUUAUGCAUAUAUACAACCUCUGCCUAUCAGGGAGGGGUUCACAGCAUCAACACCCAAAAAGGGUCUUGGAUUCAAGAAAAAAUAUAACAUUGCUCUCAAAGGUUGUUCUGCCUCUCUCCAGCUUGCUGCUUUGCUUUGAAUUCACCUCGCUGCAACUCAAAACCCAGGCUUUGUCCUUCUAACUCUCUGAGUUGAGGGAGGGUGCCUGCCUAUUUGCUGUCUCCCACAGAUUCCUGUCGCCUUUGUUCUCUUAAUGGCCAGGUGAUCACCUUAACACAGGAAGCUAACUUGGCUUCUAUGUUAACACUUGCUGGAUUCAGGGAUCCAGGGGUGAAGAGGAUCUCACAUACAGCCAACUUCUUCCCCUGCAAACUCACAACAAUACUGUAUGUUUAGGUCACAAUUGCUAGAAGCCUUGCUAGCCAUUAGAUCUUGUGAAGCUAGGGAACAUAAUUUCUUAUUUCUUAAGAUGGUGGUUUGUGGUUUUUUGUAAUAUACAUAAUUUCAAAGAAUGUCUGCCAUCUUUCAUCUCCCCCAGUUCUAUCUUUUCCUUGUGUGAGAAUUGGCUCCCCUUGCCCCACAGUGUUUUGAAUUUGUGUUUUUAUAGCAUGUUGCUUUGCAGAUGUUAGCAGGUGUUUCUCUGAAAGGCAUGACACUUGAUGCUUUGUUUAGUAUACUGUGGCAUUAAUGAACUCUCCUACUACAAGUGUGAAAGAAAGAUGCAGCAGUGAAGGCAGGAAGCACUUGUCACUCAUACUUCAUAGCUACACGUCUGCUUCCUGUCAGUUAGACCACUAGAAGUGGAACAGAUGAACCAAGAUACUGCUCUUCUUUAAUUCUUCUCAUGAAGGUUAUGAUGUAACAGUCUAAAAUGGAAAAAGUAACUGUAUUCUUUUUUCAGGGAAGACUGGACUUAAUGGAAAUGGGAAAAUUUCUGAUCAUUAGCAACAAAUGGAGGAAUAAGGCAGAGUAGAUAAUUAAUUAAUAGUUAAAGCUAUUUUUCGUCAUCUGCAUACUAUCCCUUGCUUUUUCCUGUAGGACUAAUUGCAGUCGUUAACAGUUGUCAACAGGUUUACUAUACCCAUUUAGUCAAUCACCUAUCUUCUACUACCCUCCUGAGAAAAACCCCACCCACUAUAUAUAAGGGUCUGGUGACUUCUGUUUCUGUGUAUCUGAAGAAGUGUGCAUGCACACGAAAGCUUAUACCCAGAACAAACUUAGUUGGUCUCUAAGGUGCUAUUGGACAAUUUUUUAAAUUUUGUUUUAUUUAUUUUGACUGCGUCAGACCAACAUGCCUACCUACCUGAAUAUUUAAUCAUUGUUAUGAUUAGUCAGAAACAAUCAAUUUAUUUGUAUUAGAACAUUGUAGAAUUCCAUGAAAUCUAUCUUCCAGUUGGGGUAACAUGAAAUUACAUGAUGGAGUAAAUUGCAUGCCUGUGACAAUCUAGUAUAAAUGUGAUUAUCAUUGAUGUUAUAUAAUGGAUCACAUCCAUUAGGUUAAGUACAAUUAUUUUCAUAUUCGUCCGAAAGAAUAAGAAAAAUGGUUGCUUGUUGGCAGCCCAUAAAUUCUGUCCGCCACCAAAAGCAGUGGUGAUGCCUUGCUCUUCCCCCAGCCUUGUCACCAUGACGGCGCCUAUCUGCUGGGGGCAAAACUAAAAUCUUGCUUGCUGCAAACAGUCCAGUGAAGAAGGAGGGUCUGCUUACUUUGAAGUUUUUAAGGCUCUCACACAUGACAAUCCUUGACAAAGCAGGAUAUUUUUUCCCUUUCAACCAAUUUCAUUUGGUGAAAGAAUGUGCAGGUUUUUGAGCUGGAAAGAUUUCUUAAUCAGGUAGAAGCUAGCCAGUUCUGAAAUGCAGAGUUGCAAUAUUUUACUCACUUCCUAUAGAUAACUGCCUAAUUGGAAAGCUCUUUGUAACUACUUGCUAGUUAAUGAUUUUUUUUAAAAAAAGAAAGUUUUAAAUCUCAACUGUUUUGUGAUGUAUUAUUUGUAGUAAUUUAUACAAUCUGCAUUUGUAAGUAGCCUUUAUGCUAUUUCAAGGCUGGCUAUCCAGACAUGUGAAUUUAAACUGUGAAACACAGUGCCUUGAGCAGGACAGAACCUUUGUUGCUGUUUACUACCCUUGUUGAAGCAGGUGUCUUAACUAAAGACAUUGGGAUAAGUCCUACAGGAAGCUUGAUGUUUCAAAAGACAGCAAACAGCAAACUAAAUAUGACAUAAUAGGCAUCACUGAAACCUGGUGGGAUAAGUCCCACGAUUGGAAUGUAAUAAUGGAGGGAUACAAUCUAUUUCAGAGAAACAGACCAGACAAGAAAGGAGGAGGAGUGGCGUUAUAUGUCAGGGAUGUGUAUACCUGUAAAGAGAUCCAAGAUUUAGAACCUCAAAGCCAAAGUGAGAGCAUUUGGGUCAAAAUUAAGGGAGAGAAGAAUAACAGUGACCUCAUUGUGGGAGUUUACUAUAGAUCCCCAAGCCAAACGGAGGACAUCGAUGAUGCCUUCCUGGAACAGAUGGCCAAGCAUGCAAAAGGAAGGGAGAUAGUAGUAAUGGGGGACUUCAAUUACCCGGAUAUUUGCUGGAUGUCAAACUCAGCCAAGAGCAUAAGGUCAAACAGAUUCCUCACUGGCCUUGCAGACAACUUCAUUGUCCAGAAAGUGGGAGAAGCAACAAGAGGAACAGCCAUUUUAGAUCUGGUCCUAACCAAUGUUGAUGACCUGGUUAGUGGGGUAGAAGUGGAAGGAUCAUUAGGCAUGAGUGAUCAUGCUCUUCUGAAGUUUACUAUACAGCGGAAAGGAGCAGCCAAGCAUACUAGGACUCAAUUUCUUGACUUUAAGAAAGCCGACUUCAUAAAACUUAGGGAAGUGCUGGGUGAGAUCCCAUGGACAGUAAUACUAAAAGGAAAGGGAGUUCAUGAUGGCUGGGAGUUUGUUAAGAGGGAGAUAGUAAAAGCACAACGUCAGGCAAUACCAAUGAGACGGAAACAUGGAAGGUGCCUAAAGAAGCCAGGGUGGCUAUCUAAAGAACUUUUAACUGAGUUAAGAUUAAAAAAGGAUGGGUACAAUAAAUGGAAAAGGGGGGAAACCACCAAAGAGGAAUUCAAACAAAUAGCCAGCACGUGUAGACACAAAGUCAGAAAAGCUAAAGCACAGAAUGAACUCAGGCUUGCUAGAGAGGUUAAAAGCAACAAAACAGGCUUUUAUGGGUAUGUUUGUAGCAAAAGGAAGAACAAAGAAACAGUGGGGCCACUCAGAGGAGAAGAUGGUGAAAUGCAAACAGGGGACACAGAAAGGGCUGAACUCCUCAAUGCCUUCUUUGCCUCAGUCUUCUCCGAUAAAGAAAACAAUGCCCGACCUGAAGAAUUUGAAGCAAAUGAUUCAGCAGAGGAAACACAGCCCAGAAUAAGUAAGGAGAUAGUACAAGAAUACUUGGGUAGUUUAGAUGUAUUCAAGUUUCCAGGGCCAGAUGAACUGCAUCCAAGAGUAUUAAAAGAACUGGCAGAUGUGAUCUCAGAACCACUGGCAGUCAUCUUUGAGAAUUCCUGGAGAACAGGCGAAGUCCCAGCAGACUGGAGGAGGGCAAAUGUUGUCCCUAUUUUCAAAAAGGGGAAAAGAGAGGACCCAAAUAAUUACCGCCCAGUCAGUCUGACAUCAAUACCAGGGAAGAUUCUGGAGCAGAUCAUUAAGCAAACAGUCUGUGAGCACCUAGAAAGGAAUGCUGUGAUCACCAAUAGUCAGCAUGGAUUUCUGAAAAAUAAGUCAUGUCAGACUAACCUGAUCUCGUUUUUGACAGAAUUACAAGCCUGGUAGAUGAAGGGAACGCAGUGGAUGUAGCCUACCUUGAUUUCAGCAAGGCAUUUGACAAGGUGCCCCAUGAUAUUCUUGUAAAGAAGCUGGUAAAAUGCGGUCUUGACUAUGCUACCACUCAGUGGAUUUGUAACUGGCUGACUGACCGAACCCAAAGGGUGCUCAUCAAUGGUUCCUCUUCAUCCUGGAGAAGAGUGACUAGUGGGGUGCCACAGGGUUCUGUCUUGGGCCCGGCAGCUAAAAAAGCCAAUGCAAUUCUGGGCUGCAUCAAUAGGAGUAUAGCAUCUAGAUCAAGAGAAGUAAUAGUGCCACCGUAUUCUGCUCUGGUCAGACCUCACCUGGAGUACUGUGUCCAGUUCUGGGCACCACAGUUCAAGAAGGACACUGACAAACUGGAACGUGUCCAGAGGAGGGCAACCAAAAUGGUCAAAGGCCUGGAAACGAUGCCUUAUGAGGAACGGCUAAGGGAGCUGGGCAUGUUUAGCCUGGAGAAGAGGAGGUUAAGGGGUGAUAUGAUAGCCAUGUUCAAAUAUAUAAAAGGAUGUCACAUAGAGGAGGGAGAAAGGUUGUUUUCUGCUGCUCCAGAGAAGCGGACACGGAGCAAUGGAUCCAAACUACAAGAAAGAAGAUUCCACCUAAACAUUAGGAAGAACGUCCUGACAGUAAGAGCUGUUCGGCAGUGGAAUUUGCUGCCAAGGAGUGUGGUGGAGUCUCCUUCUUUGGAGGUCUUUAAGCAGAGGCGUGACAACCAUAUGUCAGGAGUGCUCUGAUGGUGUUUCCUGCUUGGCAGGGGGUUGGACUCGAUGGCCCUUGUGGUCUCUUCCAACUCUAUGAUUCUAUGAAAAGACCAAUGCCCAGUUUUUCAGGACUGUCUAAUCUCCUGUUUUGAGUUCAUAUUGCUUUAGACUCCUAAUUUAGAUGGCGGAAUUCAUUUUAUUCCCAUAGUAAGUUAGGGUAUCACUAACUUUGUUGAUCCAAGAGAAUAAAGGAAAUUUAAAGUGGUUAUUUGCUUAGUGCCCAAACAAGAAGGUUACCUAAGAAAAUCAUGGCAGAACCCGUAUACAGUCAUACCUCAACUCCCGAACGCCUUGGGAGUUGAAUGUUCCGGCUCCCAAACAAUCGAAAACGGGAAGUGAGUGUUCUGGUUUUCAAACUUUUUUUGGAAGCUGAACAUCCGACGCGGCUUCUGCUAUUGUUUCCGGCGUGCCUGCGCAAUCGGGAACCAAUCGGAAGCUGUGCCUUGGUUUCCAAACUUUUUGGAAGUUGAACAGACUUCUGGAAUGGAUUCCAUUUGACUUCCGAGGUACGUCUGUAUUAUUGAGAGACAGGAGUUUGUUCUGAGUAGGCACAGCCGGUCCAUGCUGAUCUCUAGCUGUUGUUUGCUUGCCAUAGUUUAUCUGUGGGGCUGCAAGGUACCCCAGAGGUGGGAAAGUGUUUCAUUGUAUUUUGUUUGCUUCUCAUUUUUCAUUCACUGCUUCUGCAAUGCACCUGGAUUAGGUGUAUUUUCUUCACUUUCCUGCUUCUUUGCUGGAAACUAAACACAGCACUGAGGAUGGGGCAGGGCUUUCCUCAGCAAGCGUUCCCUGGCAGACGCUGAAGUUCAUGAUCAAACUAGCCCUUUGCCCACAUUCCCAGCCUUGAAUUGUGUUCCCAAAACAUUUGUUCUAUGAUCACAUGCUUGGCUUCAUCGGCUUUUAGAUCCUUUUGGUUUCAGCAGAGCUUAAAAACUCCCAGCACUACGACUACUGCUACUUCUACAGACCCUCCAAGGGUCCCUAUUUUCCAGGGACAUCCCUGAUUUGGAGAAACCUUCCUGCUUUCUGAUUUGAUCCCAGAAUGUCCCACUCUUCCUUCGGAUCUCCCUAUUUUCAUUGGAGAAAUGUUGGAGGGUAUGGAGCUAUCUGACCCCCGACCCGUCUGAAGGCAAUCCUGUAUAGGAAAUGUUUUUUUUUAAAAUGUUUUGUGUUUUAUUAUGUUUUGAUAUAUGGAAGCUGCCUAGAAUGCUGGGGCAACCCAAUAGUAUGUGUGGGGUAUAAAUAGUAAAAUGAUCCUUAUGGAAUGGGAUGUCCCUAUUUUCAGUGGAGAAAUGUUGGAGAUUAUGCUGCUGCUACUAGUUCCUUCCUUUCACCAGAAUGUCCCAGCGCAGGUUGCAGCCAAAUAAAAUGCAGCACAGAAAACAGUUUAAAACAAAUUGUAGUUUAAAAGAAAUUGGGCUUGUUGCAUUAGCAAUUUUAUAGAACUAUUGUCCGCUUUUCAUUUUCUCUUUAGGUUUUUGCUGUUUUUAACUUUGAUUACUACAACUGUGUUGUCUCUAUCCUACAGUUCCAUAAAGAGCCCUGAAACAAAGGAUUUAUGCUAGCGUAAUAUUUUGGAUGUGCCUUUCUAAGAGCAGAGGAGGGAUAGGGUUCGUUGAUUCCAUAGGGUUAUGAGCAUUUUGCACAGUAAAGGUUUCUUAAAAGGAAGAUGCCAUUUCUGAAAGUGCACCAUGUGGCUGGUCUCCAAGACCAAAGUCACUGGUCUCCUGUGACUGACCUCUCCACUUGCAUCGAGCUCUCUCCUGGGCAGGCUGUGUGGUGCUUUCUCUUUUCAUCAGCUAAGCCUGCCUUUUCACUUCAGUUUUUCUCAGCAUUUGUAAUUAGCAUUUGAAAAACCUCUUAGCCCAGGACAAACCUGUCCAGCGGAUAAUGCAUGUAAAUGAAAAGGUGCUAACAUAAUUCAUACCUUACAGAGCAUGUUUGUGCUUUUCUUCCUUUUGACGGGUGUAGUUAACAGUAGUUAACAGUCAGUAGAAAGCGCAUACAAGUUUCAAAGCUUUGUGCAAAAUGUAUACAGUGUUUCUUAAGUGUUACCAGCAAUUGUAUUGGAUAGAGUUGAGGGAAGAGCUGUGAGAAGUGGCAGAAAGAGAGAGCUCUAAAAAUAGCAGCAGUAAAGGGAGUUUUCUCAGGGGAGCAAUGGUUGACGAAUGGCAAGCAAGAAGAGGUGGAAGCGAAGGGAUGGAAAGAGAAAUAUCCGCGUUAAGGAUACAGUGCUCAUCCCUGAGAGCAAGAACUGGUCACUUGUGUCUUCCAUUGCUUAGAUUGUCAUAUGCUUCAAAUUUAACUUUGCAGUCAAGUGUGGAUUGGGUUAUGCGUCUUUUGCUUACUUUGAACAGCUACUUAUUGCAGGAAACAAACAGAAAGCAAACAGAAACCUGACAGCAGGGAGCAAUUAUUAAAACUACUGCUUACAGUGUUUAUAUGAAAAUGUGAACUUCUAUCAGUAUCAUAAGUGAAUGGGUGUAUUUAAAAUACUUAUUGCAAUAAUAGAAAAGCAAGUCAAGAACCUUUAUAAAAGAUAAUUUCUGGUCCCCCCCCCUUUGUAUCUGCUUUCUGAGCAAGUUCGUUCUGACAUGACAUAAUUUUUUUUUGCUACCUGAAAUACUUUAAAGUGACUAUAUAUAUAUAUGUUAAGAUAUAUUAACAUCUAGGAAUAUAACUGUGUUUAUAAGUCUUAUUUUAAAAGUAUUUUAUGGCAUUUUGUACAUAAAGGGGUCCCGUUGGUACUGAAAGGGGUUAAAUAUGAAACAACAGGUAUAGGCAGAUCUCAGUAUGUGAUAUGUUUAGUUGUUUUGCAAGGGCUAAAAGUCCUGGCUCUCUGUAAUCUGACACAACGAUAGUGCAGGCACAGUCCUGAAGGAAGAGAGACAGCAAUGUGUACAAACUGGAAUUUCUGGUCUAGCUGAAUCAUACCAGCUGCCUGCCCUACUAGAGAUGUGACUGUUCAUGUUGGUCACACUUGACAGCAACUGGGAGGGAGGAAGACCAUAUUAAUAUAUUAGCAUCUUCCAAUAAGAUAGAUUUAAACUGUAAGAGGCUUGCAAAUAUAUGUAAUAUAUGCAGCCUUCAGGCACCUGUAGGCUCCAAAUCUACAGUGGUACCUUGGUUCUCAAACUUAAUCCGUUCUGGAAGUCCGUUCCAAAACCAAAGUUUUGCAAAACCAAGGCGCGCUUUCCCAUAGAAAGGAAUGCAAAAUGGUUUAAUCCAUUCCAGACUUUAAAAAAUAACUCCUAAACAGCAAUUUAACAUGAAUUUUACUAUCUAACGAGACCACUGAUCCAUAAAAUGAAAGCAAUAAACAAUGUACUGCAGUCACACAAUCAAUCAGUCAAUCAAUCAAUCAGUAGCUGAACGGGUUCCACACAGUCACCCACAAGAAAGAGCCACAAAAAACCCCAAAAUCAAUAGCAAAAAACAGACAGACAUCAGCGUAACACUCAAAUCAGAAGUGUGGCACUCAAAAUGGAGCACGUUCGGCUUCCAAAAAAGGUUUGCAAACCCGAACACUUACUUCCGGGUUUGCAGUGUUUGGGUUCCAAGUUGUUUGAAUAUCAACAUUAUCGCCUUUUCUGGAUUAAUAUGAGGCACCUCUCUGUCAUGGUGUAACUUAGCCCUUUGCCAUUUUCUACAUGUCUUGACUGGAUGUUCACAAACUGUAUUCAGAUGUAAUAUGGACUGCCUCCUGAAUGUUCAUAUGAUGGUUGAUACUUUUGUAUAGUACUUUCAGGUGUUUCAUUACUUUCAGGUGUACAGUACUUUCAGGGUAGAUAUGCUUAGAAAUUAAAAGUGUCCAUAAUUUUUUUUACCCAAGUUGGUUGAGAAGCUGCUUGGUUUCUACUGGUGAUAACAGAAUAAAUGAUACAAGGAGAGAACUAUAGCCUAAGAUAGGAAAAUAAGUGGUAAGGGAACUCCUAGCUGCUUUAAAUGAAUUCAGAUCUCCAGGGUGUGGUGAGCUGCACCCAAGGGUACUGAAGGAGCUUGUGGAUAUAAUCUCAGAGCCUUUGUCUAUUAUCUUUGAGAAUUCUUGGAGAAGAGGUGAGGUCCCUGAAGACUGCAGGUGGGCAAAUGUCCCCAUCUUCAAAGGGGGGGGGAGAAGACCCAGGUAACUACUGACCAGUGAGUUAGAGGUCCAUACUAGGAACCGCCCUAGAACAGAUAAUUAAACAGUUAGACUAUGGGCAUUAAAAAUAGGAAGUUAUGAUUACUAAAACUGAGCAUGGGUUUCUCAAAAACAAGUACCGGUAAUGCCAGACGAAUCUCCUUUCUUUUUUUGAUAGGGUUACAAGCUUGGUGAAUCAGAGGAAUGCUGUGGACAUAGUGUAUCUCAAUUUCAGUAAGACUUCUGACAAAUGCAUCCCCCAUAAUAGUCUUGCAGAGAAGCUGGUAAAAUGUGGGCUGGAUGAGGUAACUGUGAAAUGGAUUUGUAGCUGGUUGAUUGAUCAGACCCAAAGAGUGCUCACUAACGGUUCCUCAUUAUCCUGGAGAAAAGUGACAAGUGGGGUGCCACACAGCUCUGUUCUGGGCCAGUUGAUGUUCAACAUAUGUAUAAACUACUUGGAUGAAGGUAUUCACUUGCAGGUGACACCAAUUUGGGAGGGGUAGCUAAUGCCUCCGAAGACAGAAUCAGAAUUCAAAAUGACCGUAACAGUUUGGAGAACUGGGCCCAGACUAACAAAAUGAAUUUUGGUAGGGACAAAUGUAAGGUUCUGCACUUAGGCAGGAAGAACUAGAUGCACAAAUAUAGGAUGGGGGACAAUUGGCUUAUUAGCAGUACAUGUGAAAGGGAUCUAGGGGUCUUGGUGGACCACAAGCUUAACGUGAGUCAACAGUGUGAUGCAGCAGCAAAAAAAAGCUAACACUAUUCUUGGCUGCAUCAACAGAAGUCUAGUGUCCAGAUCAAGGGAAAUAAUAGUACCACUCUAGUCUGCCUUGAUCAGACCACACUUGGAAUACUGUGUCCAAUUUUGGGCACCACAAUUUAAGAAGGAUGUUGACAAGCUGGAAGGUGAGCAGAGGAGGGCAACCAAGAUGAUCAAGGGUCUGGAAACUAAGCCUUACGAGGAGUGCUUGAAGGAAGCUGGGUAUGUUUAGUCUGGAAAAGAGGCUGACAGGAGAUAUGAUAGCCGUCUUCAAAUAUCUCAAAGGCCGUCACGUGGAGGGUGGAACAAACUUGUUUUUCCCCUUGCUAGGACCCUAGCGAAUGGCUUCAACUUACAAGAAAGGAGAUUUCAACUAAAGAUUUCAGGAAGAACUUUCUGACAGUAAGAGCUGUUUGAAAGUGGAACAGACUUCCUCCUUAAUUGGAGGUUUUAAAGCAGAAGUUGGAUGUCAUCUAUCAGGGAUGGUUUAGUUGAGAUUGCUGAAUUGCAGGGGGUUAGACUAGAUGGCCCCUAGUGUCACUUCCAACUCUACAUUUUAUUAUUUUAAGUAUGCAAAGCUAAGAACCCAGGCACCAAGAACGGUGUUACUUCUUAGAACUAAUCAGAAGAACUUUAGUUUCUAAUGCACACUGAAUAUGAGGAUUCAUUGUAAGUAAAGGGGGAGGGGCACUGCAAUGUUGGCAGGGAUUAUUAGGGAAUUUCUGACCAAACAGUGGAGUUUGAUGCAGCGCAUCUAUAGGAAAUAAAAAUGAAGUAUGAUCAGCUGCGUUUGUGACCUCCUGAAAGCUUCCACUCCAAUAUGGGUUUGGUACAAAAACUCUGAGUACAAAUAUCAAGAGGACUGCCAAAAUUAAAGAACAUCACACAUGAUAUCUUGAUCUCAUUUAUGUUUUGCUUUUAAUAGCGCUGCUUUGGCUAUUUUUAUCUCAGGUUAGAAUUUUGAUAUAGCUUAUCACUUCCUGCUAAACUGAUUUAGUCCAACUUUAUACAUGGUUUGUUAGAAUGAAAGAAUUAUAAGUCUAUCUCCCCACAUGUUGCAAUAUUCCUAGUGCAGUUUUGUUUAUCGAGUUUUGUAGCAUACUAUUCUUUGCAUGUCUCAUUUGCCAUGACGUGGUCAGUGUUUCCUUCCUGCUGUUUACAAGCCGGUGUCAGAGAUAAGAAUACACUCACGUUGCAUUUACACAGGGUUGAAAAAAAUGCCCAAAUAUCUGUUCACUUAGGGGUGGCAGAAGACUUUUUUGCAUCUUUAGAUCAAAAACAAGCAAUGAGUCUUAGGAGUGUGGUAAAGAGAGACAUUUUCUUAAACCAGUAAUAAAUAUAUAUUGCAAAGUUGGAUCGGCUUGAAAGGCAGAAAAGUGUUACGUGGACUGGUGGCAUUUGAUCCCUCCAGUCACCUUAGAUGGUGGGUUUUCUGAUUACUCCAUUGUAUUUCUGUUUGCUGGCUGCUAGAAAAGUGUGCUUCCCAAUUAUAAUAAUAAAGCAUUUGUCUGUUUUAAGUAAUAUUAGUAAGAUGUUAAAAAAUAAAGAGAUGGACUUUAUAGCGUCUUCUUUGAUUUUAUUUUACAUUUUUUAUGACUGUGAUGUUGAUUUUGUUUUUCAGUGGCCUUUGGAUUACAAGAGUAUUCAGGAAGGCAUUUUCUAAUUGACCUGUCUGUGAAUAGUAGAAUCCAGGAAGAUUGUAUAAGAAUCUGGGUACCAGAGUAACUUCAAGAUCGUCUACCCCACACAACUCAUUCCUGAUGAUAAACUCUGUUUCUUUACAUUGAAGGAGCAUUUUCCCCACAUGCAGAACUGAAAUCUUGGAAUGCUUUAUUAUGGCAGCAGCUGUACAGCAGAAUGACCUAAUGUUUGAAUUUGCCAGUAAUGUUAUGGAGGAUGAGCAACAGGUAAGGGAGAAAUAAAAUAAACCAUGUUGGAUAACCACUGGUGUAUUCUACGCAAAUAUUAAAAGCGUUGUUUUACUUUUUUCCCUUUUGAACCUUUGAUUCUAAUCACAAGAGAAAUCCUGUGCACAUCUAUGAAUUGCUUUCUAGUGUAUGUGUGUUUAUGAGCAAUUUAGUUGAUAGGCUUCAUGCCUUAAGACUUUCUAACACCUAUAAUUCUCCAGAUGGAUGAGAAAAAGCAAACUGAACUUGAAUCCUAGCAAGACUGAGGCACUGUGAGUGGUUCCUACAUCUGAGAAACUGGUGAAUUGUUUACUCUGGAUAGGAUUGCACUCUCCCUGAAAGAGGAGGUUGAUUGUCUCAGAGUAUCUCUGGAUCCAGUCUGUCACUGUAGGUCCAGGUCCAGGUAGCCUCAGUGGCUAGAAGUGCCUUCUAGCAAUUGCAGCUGGUAUGACAUACACAAGUUUCCCUUCCUGGACCAGGAAGGCUUGGCAUGGAUUACUCCAGGGUUGGAUUUACUACAAGGUGCUCUAUGUAGGACCUCCCUUGCACUUGAUCUGAAAGUUGCAGUUAGUGCCGAGUGUGGUGGCAUGUUUGCUGAGGGAGGCCUUGUCAGCAUAUAAGAUCUGUGCUCGGAGAACUGCAGUGGUUGCCCAUUUGCUCCUGGGUGAAGCUCAAGGUACUACUGGUAGUAAGUGAAUCAAUCUUUUAGUGUGACAAGCACACACACUUUGGAACUCCUUGCUUAUUGACACUAGGCAGGUGCCUUCACUAUGCUCUUUUUGGUGCCUACUAAAAACACCUUAGGCAAGCCUAUCCACACGUGUAGAAUGUUGACCAUGUGUUUUAAUCUAGGUUUUAGCUUAUUGUUGAUUUUAACUAUUUUUUAAAUGUUUUAAAUAGUUGUUUUUAAUUACUUUUGCUGCUAAUGUCACCGUUUUCUUCUUUUUGUAACUGCUUUGAGGGUUUUUUAAAAACAAUUGAGCAGUAUCUAGGUGACAACCAUUUCGCUCAGGGGUUCCGUUCCUGGCCUCCCAUGUGUGUUGGUGUGCAUAUAAGCAUGCCGUACCCCAUUAGACCCCCUUCUGCUGCCUUCUGGGUCCAAAGGCACCUCUGAGCAGCCAAAAAUGAUUAUGUUGGUGUCAACUGUUAUUAUUGCAGAUAGAUAAAAUAAAUGAAGGGUGGCUAAGCUGUAGCUCCCCGGACGGCAGCUCCCGCUAUACCUGACCGUUAACAGUGUUGGUUGGAGCCAAAGAGCCACAGUUUAGCCAACUUUGUAGCAAAGGACUGAGCAGCUUUUAUUGGCACUUUGCCUCUUGAAAUGUUUGGCACUUGUGUAUCCUUCAAGAAGAGUGUCCUGUCUUCUGGCCACGGCUGAAAGGUUGUGGCUUUCUCCCUCCCCCUUUCUGUGCACAAGCAAAAGGCAUGAGGCAGAGGGGCGAGAGGGCAGUCAAGGCAGCUCAGAAUUUGGGUGUGCUUUUUCCAGAGGGCCUUGCAAACUGAGGUGCUCAUGGCCCUUGAAGAAUCCUGGGGAGCUGGGCUGAAUCAGAGGGUACCACAGGCCCACUGUCGGUGCUUGAGUGGGAUCAUCAGCUUUGGCAGGGCUGGGCUGGGAGGCGCCCUCUUGCAUCUGCAAACCCUGCCCAGAGAAAGAGGGAAGGGGACAUUUGAUUAUUAUUUUAUUUUGCAGGUUGGGGGGUCACAGAAUCAUAUCAGGGAGUGAACAGUAAAGGGAGUGAUCAGUAAAAGCAAGGUUUUGUGGUUUUUUAGAAAAUGACUAGUUGUGGGGGUAGGGCUUGGGAGCUAUAGAAAAUCUUUUGGCAUCAUAGUACCAUAGUGAGGGACCCAUGGGAUCAGUCAGCAAAAACAUUAUUUAAAAAACCCUGUAAAUUUAAAUAAAAAUAGGGGUAAAAUUUGGAGACCCCUUGGGAGGGGCAAAAAAACCUUAUGGCAUCAUAUUGCGAGAACCAUAGGAGCAAUCAAUUAAAAAAAAUUGAUUAUUAUUUUAAGAAAUGACAAAUUUCAGGGUAGGAUGGAGUUUGGAGACUGUGUAUGGUGACUUCAGGUUAUCCACCCUAGUUUAAAUAAUGAAGUACUUGGGCUAACACGUUAGUUAAAAGCAGAUUGAAAUUAAAAAUCCAUAAGGCCCAUUCAAAAGCUAAUAAAUUUGGACCCAAGUGUACACCCUUGGGAGGGAUCUGGGACCAGCACUGUGAAGGCCCUGCAUCUGCUGUCUGUCAGUCAGUAAUGGUAGAGCCUCUGAGGCCAGUCAUAAGGCUGGGAAGGGGGCAAGAGCCGUUCAGAGAAAUUGGUCCUAAUCUGUUUAGGCCUUUAAAAGUCAACAGCAGGACUUUUAAUUGGAUCCACAAACGAAUAGUUUGCCAUUGCAACUGGUAUAAUGACCCCAAAACCUGGUCCCAACUACUCUCCAGGCAGCUGCGUUCUGAUUUCUGAACUGUCUUCAAAGGCAGCGCAUGCCAGACAUUGCAGUAGUCCAGGCUGCUCUUCUCUGCAUAAAGUUAACAACUGAUGAACCAGCUUAUGCUGGUGAAAGGUGUCCUAAGCCAUGAAUCCCGCCUUGUGCCUCCACAGAUAGUGCAGAGUUCAAUAGAGCGCCAAUCUCCAUACUUGUCUUUCAGGGGAUGUGCCUCCCCAUGCCAAACCAAUUGCAAAUCUCCAGAUAUACAGUAGAUGGCAUCUCACUUCAAACCAACCGAUGAUUUUCUUCUGCAGCAUCAUAUACACAUUAAACAAAUGGAACCUUGUGGGAUUGUGCAGGACAAAUCCCAUGGAGAGGCCCAGCCGGUUAAUACAACUACCCUCUGAGUAGGUCCCAAAAGGGAGAAGGGGGACCACUCAAGCCAAUGCCUCAGAUUCCCAAGACUACAUGAGGGCCUCCAGUGUCAACCACUAUCAGGCAUACACUAGGCUGCUGGCAGCAAGAAAGCAGGUAAAAUGUUUGAGGGGGGUGCACAUGACAAUGGUCUCACCCCUUCACUUGCUGAUACCCAGUUCUCGGUUUUGGGGGGUAGAGACAAACUUGUAGCAUGCCAGACAGAUCAGUUUGCUUUGAGGAGAGUUACAGAAUUUUACUUUGCUAUGAAAUUCUUCUUCGUUGUGUCUGAUUUAUACAUUUAAGCUUAUUUAGAUCAGAGCCUAAAGCUAGAAGCGUUUUCGUACAAGGACCUGAACACUGUGUAAAUUGAUGGACUGGAUGAGGGUCAAUAAAUGGAGCUUGAUGGAGGCAAGUGAUUCUUGUGUCUGGAAGAUUGGCCAGUUGCCUAUUCUGGUUGUGUUUGCAUUCCCUUUGGAAAAGCAGGCUCAUAGUUUGUGCUCCUGGAUCCAGCCUUGUCAAUGGUAACCUUCGGUAACCUCAGUUCUAGGAGUGCCUUUCACAAGCUGUGGUUAGCACACCAAUGACAGUUAUACCUCGGGUUACAGACACUUCAGGUUGUGUGUUUUUGGGUUGCACACUGCGCCGAACCUGGAAGUACCGGAACGGGUUACUUCCGGGUUUUGGCGCAUGAGCAGAAGCGCCGAAUCGCGACCUGCGUGUGCGCAGACGCAGCACUGCAGGUUGCGAACGUGAGGCACCCGAGCAGCCAUUGUCCUGCAAUUCUUCAACUGUGAUUUAUGCAUUGGUGACCUCAGGACUUGAUUACUGCAAUGCAUUCUCUGUGGGGCUGCCUUUGGGUCUGGUCUGGAGGCUCCAGCUAGGACAGAAUGACGUGGCUAGAUUGAUGGCAAGGGCAGACUACUUGCCAUACGUAACCCUGUUGCUUGAACAUUGGCUUCAUGAAUUUUCAAGUCCCUUAACAGGGUCCAGGAUACCUUAAGGACAGCCGAUUCCAAUCACUGAGAUCUCUAGGGGAGUCUCUUUUUUUGUGGCACCCCAUGGCUCAAAUGCAUGGCUCAUAUCUAGCAGAAGCCACACAUUCAGUAUUGUGGGCCCAUGUCUAUGGAUCUAAUUUCCAGCUGAGCUGAUACAAGCCACCACUCUGUUGAACUUUGGGCACUUGGCAAAGACUUUCCUACUCCCAGAGGCGUUUCUCCUUAACAUUUAAACCUAGACAGCAUCUUAAAAAGUAGAGACAUCACCUUGCCAACAAAGGUCCGUAUAGUAAAAGCUAUGGUUUUCCCAGUAGUGAUGUAUGGAAGUGAAAGCUGGACCGUAAAGAAGGCUGAUCGCCGAAGAAUUGAUGCUUUUGAAUUCUGGUGCUGGAGGAAACUCUUGAGAGUCCCCUGGACUGCAAGAAGAUCAAACCUAUUCAUUCUUAAGUAAAUCAGCCCUGAGUGCUCACUGGAAGGACAGAUUGUGAAGCUGAGGCUCCAAUACUUUGGCCACCUCCUGAGAAGAGAAGACUCCCUGGAAAAGACCCUGGUGUUGGGAAUGAUGGAGGGCACAAGGAGAAGGGGACGACAGAGGACGAGAUGGUUGGACACUGUUCUCGAAGCUACAAACAUGAGUUUGACCAAACUGCGGGAGGCAGUGGAAGACAGAAGUGCCUGGCGUGCUCUGGUCCAUGGGGUCACAAAGAGUCGGACACGACUAAACGACUAAACAACAACAAAUAAAUAUUAAGUCUACCCAUUGAAUUUUGUUGUUGUUUUUUGUACAGCACAUAGAAAUUUGAGUGGUAUAAAAUACCUAAUGGUAUAGAACAGCUCAUCAUCAUCCUACUUUGGUGGGGAGGGCGCAGGAGAACAAGAUUCUAAGCACAGGAAGCAGCCUUAUACCAAAUAAAUUUUUAUUAGUUUCCCAAUAUUUCCCCAAUAAUAGCCCAACUAUAGCAAUAUCAAGGAUGCAGCCUUAUACCAUACCAGACUAUUGGUCCAUCUUGCCUAGUUUUAUCUCUUCCGACUAGCAGUGACUCUCCAGGGCUUCAGGCAGAGAUCUUUCUCAAUGUCUUCUGUCUAAUAGCAGGCAAUAGCAGGAGUUGAACCUGCGACCUUCUGCAAGCAAAGCAUUUGCUCCACAACUUCUUCUCUUUAUAUAUUUUUCUCUGAAAAGAGGCGAUUUGCAUUGCGUUUUUAAGCUUAUUGUUAUUUUAGAGAUUAUGAGUUCUGUGGUGGAAUUAUUGCAGGCACAGAGAUUGUUGAAGGUGUUCUCUUGUCCUCAUCAGAUAAUAUCUUCUCAAGGCACAGUUACAAUCCUGUUCUAUCCCUUCAUGACAAUGGACCACUCCUGGAGAGUCAUGAAACGGCAUCUCACUUCAAACCAACCGAACUUAUUUUGGGGAAUAUACUUGCUACUUUGAGCAGUAACUCCAUUGUCUGACCAAUUUGCAAUAGAAUAUUAUUUACUUUGGUUGUAUACUGUUCUUCCUCCAGGUUGAUCAGGGCAACAUACUGAUUCUGCCAUUGUUACCCUCCAAUUUAUCCUCUCAACAAUCCUCAGAAGUAGGUUUGAUGGAGAAAUAGUGACUGGCCCAAUUUCACACAGGGACUUACACCUAGGCGGACACUCCCUGGAAGGACAAGAGGCACUAGCUUGGAAGAUAGCUGAAUGUAGCAGAGAGCAUUGGAAAAGAACUAUGCUCUGAUACAUGUAAAAAAUCUCUCUCUUUGGCUACCAUUACACCUGGUGAAUUGCAUCCAGCAUUGUUGUCAUUCUGAGGGGUAAACAAAUACACCCAAACAACUCCAGCCAAAUUUAUAUUGUUCUCUGAUCAUUGUGGUGAAUUUGUAACUUAGCAGAUAGAAUUGCUUGGCCUGGUUAGCAAAAUUAUAAUUCAUCUUGCUAAGCUGAGAUGAAGACAGGAGUGCCUGGCGUGCUCUGGUCCAUGGGGUCACGAAGAGUCGGACACGACUAAAUGACUAAACAACAACAAGCUGAGAUAUUCAUGAGCCUUUUGCUUGCAUGUAGAACCUUUUUGUGAUUCAACCAGGAACAAUCUAAUUACCUACAGUUUCCCAUUUCAGCCAAAUCAGGAAACUAUGGUUCCAGCUUUGGAACAAAUUAUUGUGUGGAACUCAAUUUAAAAUGCAGUUUAAUAUCCUGGUGUCUUCUGAAGCUAGUGCUUGGUUUGAAUGAAAUGGGAAAUUGUGUUAAUGAGAGAGUUCCAGGUUUAUCAUGGUGAAGUAAGGAGCAAAAUGUUUGUGUGUAUGUGUGCAAAAGAUUUAUAUGUAUCUCCACUUUAAAUGCAGAGAUACUUUUUACUGAAUGUGGCCACUGGGUUUGAUUUGGGAAUAGCUUCUUUAUUUGAGCUUGUGUUAGAGAUCUCAUUCUUAGCCUGCUUAGUUAGAUUGGUUUCAGUCCCCCUGAGCUAUGCAGAAUACAUGCUUGGGGCAAGGAGGUAUGAAGGCUACCACAGUGUUACUUUUUCUGGUACUUAUCCUGGCUGCUUUGAAGAAGUGUAGGCUGCUGGACAGAUUUUUAAUCUGUUUAAAUUUACAUCUCUGCUAAACUUUGUGCAGUUUGCUGUUCAUGGCAAAUGCUAAAACUGACCUUUUCAGCUCCUGGUGCAGCCAAUUUCCUAUUUUGGAAUCAGUAAGGACGGAUGGAAAUUAAAUAGUUUUGCCUUCUUAUUUUCACCCUUAGUAUGGCAUUGAUUCUGUAUGUGUUGCCUUCAUCCAUUAUGUUUACCUAAAAAAACUAAUAAGAAAAAAUACACCUAAUUGUUCCAGUUAGAUGUUUCCUUGUCAUUUCAUAUUGGUGAGCAAGAGGAGUUGGUGACAUGACUGAAAUAUGUUCAGGGAAAUAUUUUGCAAGAUUCUCCUUAUACCUGUCAGUCUUAAAGCAGCUGGUUGCUUAGUGUGCUCCUCUUAGUAAAAUAUUUCCCUUGUGGAUGCUCCUGAGUCCACAUUUGCAACUUGCAAAGUAGCUUUUUGUGACUGAGAGGUUUUUGUUUUCUAGCACAUGGUGAUGCUGGUGAGUAAAGCUGAUCUUACUCUGUACUUAGAAUUAGAUGUAUAUAUUGUUCAUUUGGUAUCUGCUGCUCAGUUCUUAUAAUAAUAGUAAAAUGCAUGUUCCUCGUAGAUCCUCUGGUCUUCCAGACCUAAACCAUAGCUCCCUCUGCUCCCUCCUGUGCUCUAACCUUUGGUCACUCUGCCAUGCGCCUCAGGCAUUUGCCUACUUGUGUCUCACCCCGUCCGGUCAGCUUGAGUCUUGUCUCUCUUCCAAUAUGACUUUUCUGUCCAACACUCUUGCCUGCCACACAGAGGGUCUUUUCCCCCUGGGUGUCUUUAUCUUCUAGUAUGUAUGUUUUUACUCUUGCAUGCCAACAGCUUAAUGCGUCAAUGGUUUGUGAAUAUAAACAUUUCGGAUUUUAGGAUGCAGUGUUUUAGAGUUUUUGUUGGUACUGCCCAUAGGUCCAGUUCAGAUGUGAUACUGGCUUAGCGCAGACAACACAUUAAAGCAGGGUUUGAGCCAGCCGUAGUUUAUAACCCAAUCCAUGUUUUGUGUUUCCAAAUGUACAAGCAAAACACGACUCAUUGAUGCAUCUCAUGGUCUUUGUUUUCUGCCCUCUCAGUUUCAUAAAUUUACUCCCAUCUAUCUCUAUGGUAAAGCAACCCCUGAAAGAGAUGUAGUUGCUGUAACUAUGGCUUGUUAAUUCAAAUGUCAUGUCAAACCAUAGUUAGCACAAAUGUUAGCUUUGAAAAGCUAAGUUCUGAUUCUAGCUUCUGAUUAUGGCUUUCCAGCUGAUUGUAAGCCAUGGUUUGACAAUUCAGCCAUCACACAAGCUUUAGUUGGGCUUCCUUAGUCAUAUUUUGAAGUGAUGUCUGAAUUGAACAAAAGAUGCCUGGCAGCUGAUAGUUUGCCAGCUUUGGUACAUGCCCUCCAUUUAACUCUGGAGAAAUUCCUUUCUCAGUUCUAAUCUUGUAAACCAGUUGCCACCAUUUUGUAUUAAUUGAUUUCAAACCAUGGUUUGUAUUAACAGUGCUUUGCAUCACUACCAAUGAACAACGCUAAAAUGUAUUAUAACAGAAGGUGACGUUUGCUUUACAUCUAUUGUGGUUUUUGUGUCUGGGCUGAGUUGUUCUCUCCUGAUUUCUUCCUACCUUUGCUGGCAGUCUGAUACUGAAACUGAUUACAGACACCCGCUCUGCAAAAGGGCUGAUAAGGAUAGCACAAAACGUUCAUACAAAUGUGCAGAGAUAAAUUUAUUCCACCAAGAAUUUGGUACACUUCAGUCCCAAAUUAGCCUUUCAUCAGUGGCAUCUGUAACCCAAUGAAUAAAAGCAUCCCAUUUGAGCAGCUUUCCCCAACCUGAUACCUUCCAAAUGCUUUGGGCUGCAGCUCAUCAGCCCCCGCCAGCAUGGAUGAUGGGAGUUGUACUGCCACAUCUGGAGGGCAGCAGGUUGAAGAAGGCUGCAUUGGAGCAAUGCAUAUUCUGUCUAGUACAACAUAAUUGGUUACAUGUAAAAAAUAAUAAGUGCAGCACACCUGUUAAAUGUCAAUUAAAAUGAAAAAAAUAUAUAUUUAGUCUCUCUGGAAAAUUGAUGGUGCUGGGAGAGUUAAUUAUUAUCUUUCUUCGUUCAGUCUUUGUGUAGCUGUGGCUUUGUUAUUGUAUCUGUCACCAAGGAAAAGAAGGGGGAGGCUUUUGAUUUAUGCUCAAUAAGGAAUUUAACAAGGUUUUAUUAUGCCCUCCCCCCUCGAUCGAGGCUGAAUGGACUUCAUUUAAAAUUACUUUUGGACCAGACCAGGAGUGUGAGUGCCUCAUGAUUAAUGCCAGUAUUCCAAAUUAAUGAGGAACCAGUCAAGAAUCAUGCCAGGUAAUACACACUUUGCCUUUCAAGUCGGCAGACGCUGGCUUAAGCAGCGUAGCGGGUUGCAGUGAACUCCCCAGAACCCACUGGGGAACAUUGCCAGGAAUUUUACCUCAUGAAUUUUGGCUUUCCCCUUCCUGAACUUCCUUACUGCCCCGGAGGGCAGUGGAGAGCUACUGCCAUUAAUCGUGACGUCAGCCGGAAACCGAAAAUUGAUGGUGCUCUUAAGCUGUAAUCCUUGCACACUUACCUUUGAGUAACUCUCAUUGAACUGAAUGGUGCUUACAUUUGAGUAGAUGUAUAGGCUUGCACUGUCAAUAACAGAUAAUUCUUGACUUCUGUAAGAACAGAUUUUUACAACAGUAGGGAUUGCCUAAGCUGGAAAAAAACAUGCAAAGUGCAAAUACAUAGUUGUAUUCUAAAGGUUUCUUCAUAUAGUAAAUAUGUCUCAUUUGUAACUUCUCCUUUAAAAAAGGAAAAGUUUGCAACAGCAGAAGAGGAAGUUGCCUAAGAUAAAGAAGAGUCUAAAUACACAACUGUAUUCUAAAAGUCUCUUCAUAUGCUAAGUAUUACAAAUGCAAUAAAUGGUUUGCAUAUUUUUUGGCACGCCUUGGUCACCAGCCCCAAGUACCUCAGAAGCCCAGCACACCUGCAAGAGAAUCACCCACUCUCCUCUUGGCUCCACAAGGUGAAUGGGGGUUGUUCCAGUUUCACUGAGCUGAGCUAAUAUAAUAGAAUUUAAGGAAGGAUAGAAACAUAUGUGGGACACUCAUAGAAGAGGAACUAAUGCCUAUAUGUGAACUUGUUAGCUAAUGCAUGGUCACAACUCUAUGAAAGUUGCCAAAUUACUCCUAUCACAAUUUUAUACUGCCUCUUUUUAUAAAACUCUGUUGAAAUGGUGUCUCUGCUAAAUGAUUGAAUUCCAAAAGCAUUUAAAUCAUACACAUUGGCAGAUAUCUAGCUGUGUUAUACUUGGAGUAAACCUUAGGGAGGAGUUAGCAGCCAGCAGCAAACUUAGCACAUUGCAGCUUCUGGGAGCUCACAACCAAGAACUUGUGAUCAGAACUUGCAGGUGGGCAUUUGCGAGGGCAAUUUGACGGGGAGGCCUGGAGUCCUGUCUCACGGUGUGCUUAGGACCAAGAGUCAGAGGGCAAGGGAGCUACUGCCAUGACCUGCAGUACCUGUCCCAUGUUGGUCUUUCUGCCAGAGAACGUGUGAAAGUACAUUUGUAGCAAGUGUAAGCUGGUUGCUUUGCUGGAAGAGAAGGUCCAGCAACUUGAAGCUCACCUAGACACACUUCGAGUGACAGGACAAGAUGCAGUGUUUCUCAGUAGAGCUGAGUUGGACUGUGAUGGCACAGCAACAGAGGUGAGAUGGCUCUAGGGAGGAGGAAGAUCUCCCACUGCAAGAGACUAACUCCUGGAGGAAAGUGAUGCACAGAAGUAGGACUGUCACAAACCAUACUGUGUUGUUGGAGCUGCAAAAUCACUUCCAUGCUCUCACCUUGGACACCAAUUGUGGGCCAGAGGAGCAUGGGAAGCAUUUGCCAGCCUCAGAAUACACCAAGGUGGCUGUGAAAGGUACAGUGCACAAAAUGAUCCUGCCACCCUCCAGAGGAGAGGAGGAAGAGACAGGAGGAGAUGGAUUUGGAGGAGUCCUUUUCCAUUCUUGACCUAACCCCUUUGGAUCAUGGAUGAGUAUGCCAAUAACCCACUUGCUACCUUCCAUGGAGAUGAUCUCUGAGAAAGGGAAUUGCAGUGUGGAGAAGGCAAGCUGAGAGGAAGGAGUGGGAAGUACUUGAGCCAUAAGGUUCCUGCCUUUGUAACCUAUCCUAAUAAUAUCCAGAUAAGCGCCAAUAGUCAAGAGGAAAAGACUCAAGAACAGCAGAUGCAGACCUUAGAACACUCUGAGAAGGCUGUGGAAGACAUCAUGAUUCCUGCCACUCCCCGGAGGAGGGAGAGACAAGUGGCAGGGGUAGGUGACUCCCUACUGACGGGGACAGAGGCACCAGUGUGCAGAGGAAAUGAGAUGUCCCGGGAGGUGUGCUGUCUUCCAGGUGUCUCCUGAGACAAGACAGAUGUGAACAACAGCAAUAGCAUCUAUUAAAAGUCUGGAAGAAAAAAGAACUUCAAGUGGUCUGGUGUGAAAUAAUUCCUUCUAACUUUCUGCCAUCUCCCAACAUUUUAAGUCCACAUCCUGUUGGACUUCAGUUCCAAUCAGCCUGAGCAGGCACAGUCUGCGGUCAGGGAAGAUGGGAAUUGUAGUCCCAACAUCUGGAGGGCUACAGGUUCCCCUUCCCUGUUGUAAGUCAUUCAGUUUAGCUAAGUAUUUUAUUUGUGCAGAGCUUCCAUAAUUUAAUAUUAAUGUAGCUUUCUCUGCUUUGCACAUAAUUUUUUUUUAAGUACAAUAUUUUAAAUCUUAUUCUCUUAUACUAAUUACUAUUCCUUCUUUGUCUUCCUUGUAUAUUCAUUUUAUUGUACAGAACAUUUUUAAAGCAUGGGCUUUAUUCUGAAGAGUGAUUAAGUAAAAUUGGAAAGUGCUUCAGAUUAGGUAUACUGCACACAUAUUAACUAACUAUUUUGUGAUUUUGACAUUUGCCGCAAGUCUGAAUUGGUAGCCAGUUUUGUUUUUACCAACAACAAAAAAUAACUUUAACAAUUAAGACUUAACAUGCAAAAAUCCUUGCAGCUAUAACAGUAUCAUACGGAUCUGUUCCUGUAAAAGCAGUUGUAUGUGUUUUAUAAUUGUAAUGGUUGUAUUUGAUUUUAUAAUUGUUUGUUCUAUUGUUGUAACAUACCCUGGGCCACUUGAGGUGCCUUUAUAUGGCUGAGGUGACAUAUAAAUGGGGAACUUCCAGACCUCAACUCAUGCUCUUAAUCACUAUGCAACACCAGCUCUCAUGGAGUUGGAAAAGACCCAAAUAUAAUCUAGAAUAGGGGGGCCACUAGGGGGCGCAUUGGAAGAUGGCCGACAAUACCAUCUCUCCGACCCACACGGGGUAAUUAAGAGGCUGUUAUGGGAGUAGGCAGCCUCCCUUGUUGCCCCAAGGAAAUGGGGAACACUGCCCUUGCCUGCUGUGCCCAUACAUCACCGCCUAAUUCGAAAGAAGGGGGUGAGGGCCCUAGGCAGAAUGGCCCCGUGUGGACCUCGGCUCUCCUGGACGCUGUCUCUGAUCGCGCACUAGUUGCAGCAAUUUGGAAUAAUUAAUUACAAAAGAAGCAAAUGCACAUAUUUCAAGUGAAGAAGGGGAGUGAAGUCUGCUAAUUUAAGUGACCUCUGCGAAAGAAGACGACGGGUUGGAGACACAGGAAUAUUUUACGAUGAAGAUACACCAAAGGCUGGGUAUGUUGACAACGGGACUGAAUGGGGGGGGGACCUUUUUUACUUUCCUUCUAUGUGAUUUACAAGAACCCCUCCUCAUUAGAAUCGUCGGUUGAACUGACCCAAGCAGGAUGAUUAAGGUCUGUGUGGAGAUAAACUUUAACCAAAAGUAUGCUUUAUGGAGAUCGAGAAGCAAUAAGAGCUUUUGGGAAUGGCGCAGCAAUAAAUUCGGAGUCGCCAUCUUGCCAAAGGAUUUAUAGCCGGGAGGAAGAACGGACUUGUUUUUAGACUGCAUUCCUAGUGAAUCUCCUCGGAGUUUUGAGAAAGGAGGCAGAUUGGUGAAGAUUAAUGACACUAAGACUGUUUUGAUGUAUGGAAGUGAUGUUAUAUGGAAAACGUCUGGAUAUGGCUACUGGAUAAAAAAAAUAAUAUCCACGCAGGAUUACAAACUGUUCUAACCAGCUUGCGGAGAUUAUCAGAGGUCACAAAGAGAAAGGAAAAAUAUAUGAAAAUAACAACAAGAGAUGUGGAAAAACAAUAAGAAAGGACUGGAUAGUACUGUGAACAUCAUAAGGUUAGAUUUGUGGACAUUAAAACAGCAGUAAGAAGCAAGAAGUUGAUUGGAUCCCCUUCGGAACUUGAAAUAUGGGUACCCCCAACAAAAAUUUAAAAUUCGGCUGUGUAAUUUGGAAUUUAUGUAAUUUGGUUUGAUUUGAUGUGAUUGGUUGGUUAAUAAAAAAUUAUUCUUAAAAAAAAAUUUUUAUCUAGAAUAGUAGUCUUCAAGCUUUUCUAUCUGGAAAUGACUUUAGUCCAACAUUUUUAAGGAACACUUAUUACUUUGCUACCAUGCAAGUGUAAACUGUUAGUGUCCUGUUGCACCCCAUGUUGCGUCACUGGGUCCCACUAGUGGGUCCCAACUCAUCAGAUGAUCUAGACGGUGAUAGCCUACACAGUGCCCAUCAGAAAGUGAUGGAUUUCAACUUCCAUCAUCCCCAGCUAGUGAUGAUAAGAAUUCUUGCCUAAAAUUCUCUGUAAAGGUAAAGGGACCCCUGACUGUCAGGUCCAGUCGUGGACGAAUCUGGUAUUGCAGCACUCAUCUCACUUUAUUGGCCAAGGGAACCGGCGUACAGCUUCUGGGUCAUGUGGCCAGCAGGACUAAGCUGCUUCUGGCGAACCAGAGCAGCACACGGAAACGCCGCUUACCUCCCCGCCAGAGUGGUACCUAUUUAUCUACUUGAACUUCGUGCUUUCGAACUGCUACAUUGGCAGGAGCAGGGACCAAGCAGUGGGAGCUCACCCCGUCGGGGGGAUUCGAACCGCCGACCUUCUGAUUGGCAAGCCCUAGGCUCUGUGGUUUAACCCACAGUGCCACCCAUGUCCUACAGCACCACCCACGCUCUGUAGGACACCAAAUUGGCUACCCCAGAUAUGCACAAUGUCUGUGCCAAAAAGCAGGAUUCUAGUAUGCCUCAAGCUACAGCAGACACAUUGCAAGAUAUGCUUACAAGGCAAUUUAUUGCUCCAGCUGACUCAUGAAGUUGAGACAGAUAACACGUUUGCCAAUUUGUGUUGUGACAUUAUGUCUAAUUAUUCCCACUGUUUGCUGAUAAAGUAAUGUUUUGUUUUUGCCUUGCCCCUUCUUCUUACAGCUGGGUGAUCCAUCAAUCUUUCCUGCUGUCAUUGUGGAACAUGUACCCAGUGCAGAUCUCCUGAACAAUUACUCUGGUUUGUCCUGUGUUGCUGAACCCAGCGACAUGAUAACAGAGAACUCGCUGGAUGUUGCAGAAGAAGAAAUUAUAGAAGAUGAUGAUAUCACCCUUACAGGUUUGUGAGCUUUUUUUUUUGCAUUGUCACUUAAGGACACAGUGGCUGAGAUAUGUCCAUGCCUUUUGACCUGUUAAACCAGGAAGCUUCCAAUUAACCAUGGUUUCAUGAUUGGUCCAAGUUGGAAAACCAUGGUUACUAGCUGAAAUGAAAUGGGAAACUAUGGUUAAUUGGAGGCUUUCUGAUUUCAUUUCAGCUCACAUGAAGUGGCUCUGUGCUCAGACAAAAGCUUGUGCAUAUUUUGGCUCAAUAAGCCAAGUUAUGAUUGCCUGAACCAGCUCAAUUGAGUUAUCACACUGAACCAUUGUUUGAGCUUCCUAAUGAAGGGGCAAACCCAUGGUUUAUAGCUGCUUACCUGCUUUUGUUUUCAUCCUUUCUGUACUCACCUUCAAAAGUUCAUCUCAUUACUGAAUCUUGAGGCAGAUCAACAGCUGUAACUAUGAUUUAUCAAUUCAGAUAUCACACCAAACCAUCAUUUUCCAGCAUACUUCAAACUACGGAUUGUGGUUUGCUGACUGAUAAUAAAGUUAGACAGAACCAUAAGGCCUUUUGAGGUACAGAUGUAGUAAAAAAUAUGUUGGAACCAACACAUUGUUUUUCCAUCCAUCUUGUUUUUCCUUGAGACACUGUUGUGGGAGCCUUGCUUCUGCUUCAUUAUUAGCUGAAAUCUCCAGACACAGCACCUCACUUGUCAAUCUUUUCGGUGCUGUUUCUUGACAUAGCUAAUAAUUCAAGAGCUCCGUGUGUCAGGCUUCAGGGACUCUGCUUCCUCCCCCCACUUUGGCAGUAGAUAAGCAGAAGCAGGUGCUCACAAUUAAGAAUUCCACCCACUUCCCCCCUUGUCACUCACAUCACUUUUGCGUCUUACAACCUGAUCUUGCAACCACUUUGCUUUCUGUGCUGCCCCUUAUCUUGCUCUCCUUGACCUUGGGCUGAGCAGAUGGGCGCUUUCCAGCGAAAGUGAGUCUGUUAACUCUCUGUCUCCCAGUUCUUCCCAACUUCUGUAUUCUGAACUAUGUCCCUCUGUAAACCACUGUUCCAAAUCUAUACUGUUCCACUGCUCCUGGGAGGAUUCAGGAUGCUGAUCAGGAGCAGGGGGAGGGGGAGACUCCCACCAUUCUUCCUCAACACAAUCCCUGGCAUCAUGGGGAGACAUUGAAUUUAUGCAUAACAAAGUGGAAAAUGUGCAAGGCUUGAGAAAGCUUAUUACAGGAGUGGCUGAAAGCAGGAAAUGCAGCUACAGAUUCACUAUCAUGAAUAUUUUCUCCUCUUGGGAUUUGUAGUUAUGUCCCAAGAUCCCAUAUAUGGCAUGAAACCCAAAUCAAAGAAUGUUUUCAUUUCAUUUCAUCUCAUAUGCUAGUCUUUUGCUGAAUUAUCUCUCUUAUCUGCAGUUGAAGCGUCUUGUCAGAAUGGAGAUGAAACAAUGCAAACCAUCGAAGCUGCUGAAGCUCUUCUUAAUAUGGAUUCUCCUGGCCCAAUGCUGGAUGAGAAGAGAUCAGGUGAGUCUGACAGGAAAACAUCCGUGCAAAGUGUCUUCUGUCCAAAAACUAUGCGGCUGUGUUAGAUUUUGCAGGAGAGAAGGCUUGAGCUCUCUAGUAGGUUUACUUGGUAGCUUUGCCAUUGCACCAUAGGGAAGAAAAUAAGGCUAUUUUAAAAAUAUCAUUAACAACCCUUUCAAUUAGUCCUAAUCUCCCAAUUUUUGGAAAUGGAAGGGUUAAUGAGAAGCUUUUACUUUAAAGGAGUAGUGUUAGUAGAUCUUCUUCCCUUUAUUUAAAGAAGGAGCAUGAUUUCACAGAAGUUGCUUUUGAGUCUAAUUGGUCUUGGAAAGAUUUAAGCCUGUACCUAACUUUCCAUUGACAUUAAUGAAACCUGUAAAAAUGUUGCCUGGAUCAGGCACAAAUAUUUAAUGUCCACACAAGCGUCAUUUUCUUUCCACAUUCUCUCUUUUUUUAAAAAAUGAUAUUUAUUGAGAAUUUUAAGGUUACAAAGAAAUAAGAAGGAAAAAACAAGAGAAAGAGAAAAAGAAAGAAAAAAGUAGAUAAAAGUAACAAUUAAACAAUACAAAUCAGUAAAAACCAAAGUCAAAAAGAAAAAAACAAAACACACAGUACAUCAAAAGCAAAAAGCAAAAAUAAACAAAAAAUUUAAAAACAAAUCCAAUAUUCCCAGAUCCUUAACUGUCAUUACCUUAUUUCAUCGACCUCCUCACACCUCCCUUUUUUGUAUUCUAGUUAUUAAUUAUCUCAGCAAAUCCUUUCCAUUUUUCACAAUAUUCUGUCAUUAAAUUACCUUAAUCUAUUUUAACCUUAUCUUACCAUAAAAAACCCUAAAACUUAAAACUUAAAUCUUAUUUAUACCAAAUUCUCUUAACCAUUACAUAUUCUUACAUAAUUCUUUUUAACAUUUCUGUUAAAGCCCAAUAAUUUCAUUCCAGCAUUUUUCUAAUACUCAUUAAUUUUACAAUACUUUUCUAAAUGAAUUUUUAAAACUUUCUUCCAAUAUUCAUCCAUCGUCUCUUCUUCCUGGUCUCGGGUUAUGUCAGUCCUUUCUAUCCCAUCCAUCUAGUCCAUCAACCUGGUGACCUUAUGUCCGAGGCUCUUAAGUCUCUUCCAUGUCCCUUCUGCAGGUCUUCUUCAUAUUUAUACCUGUACUUUACUUUGUCUUCUGGUCCUUUCACUCGGGGAGGCUCCAGCUUAACAAUAUUUUUGUCACUUCUCGACAAGUCAGCCCCUUUUCCAUAGUCAACACUGAAAUCCACGUGGUAUUUGAAGGCAUGUUUCAAGGCCCCUCCAAAGUUAAAGGGCCCCCACAACUCCGAGCUCCCCCCGGCCCAAAGCCAGACUUGAAAAAUCAAAACAUCCCUGCAUAGCGGGGUCCAUCCAGCCCCCCAUCUCCAAGCCAAACAGAACUCCAUCUCUCCAAAUCUGUCUUUUUCCAGGUUCAUUCGUCAAAUCCAACAACUCAUGUUCCUGCUGGGUCACAGCUCCCUCCAUCUCUGCCACCCAAGAUCCAGCCACAACUUCCUCCCUCAUCUCAUCUGUCAGAGCACAUUCCUGGAUUAAUUCCUGAGUGGGUUCUAUAUAGGUACCCACUGCCUGUCCAAAAUUUCCAAUCGCAACAGUCAUCAAAUCCAUCUUCUCAUGUAACUGUUCCAAUAAAGCACUUGUCUUGCAAAAGGCAGGCACCAGAGCCUCCGAGUACAUUCUUGUUCAAGGUCGAAGUCUGGUCCCACGAUCUUAAUCUAUUACAGCUGCAAAGCUCCCCAGUUCGGUUUUAAUAACAGUUUCACAAGCUCCCUCUAGGGGAAACAAUUUCUAUUUAUAACCAUCUUUUUUUUAAAAAAAAAAAGCAGAUCUAGCAACAAAGUUUCCCUUUUUCGGAUAUUUUGUCAAUAUUUUGUUCCUUUUAAAUGCGAAGGGGAACAAUGGAAUCAAUAUGUUUCUCUUCUUUUAACUAUCUGUCAAAAACGUUUGUCCAUAGUCAAUGAACUUCCCCAGAACGUUUGUCCUGACACCCCGCUCCCAGGUUCAAGACGGUGGAAAAUUGCCUUUCUUUACUCUCUCUUCUGCAGGUUUAAACAGUCUAAAAAAGGUUCCCCCCUCUUCUCCUGCUUCCAAGGGGGGUUCAGUAAUUUUAAAUGAUGAAAUUUUGAUCCUUUACAGACGACUUUCUAAACUCUAGCUUGCCGUGUCUUUGCUUCAAUCUAUCUACAAAAGCGGAAGGAGGACUUCCUGUUUAGACCUUCCCGCUUCAGUGCCAAAUUAAAAAAUUUCUUAAUCCAAUUUUCCGUUCUACUCACGGGCAGUUGUUUAAAAUCCAAUUGUCCACAGGAAAAAGUCAGCGCUCUCCGGCAACAGCAAUGCGGCUUCACUCCGUGAAAGAAGCAAUCGAUUCAAAGCACCGCGCCACUCACCCCACGUCGCUCCGGAUCCCCGAAACUGGGUUUCCCCGCGAGUAGGGGGGGGCGCAAAGGUGCCAGCCGAAUCCCACGUCCACAGGCUUCUCCCGCCUGUGGUUUUUUAUGGGUCUCCGCCUCACCGUGGCGGUUCAGACCCUGUUUUCCACGAAGCGGAUUCCUCCCGAUCGGAGGAAAUCCGCCAUUGCCAGAGGCGCUAACCCGGAAGUCCUUUCCACAUUCUCUUUACAACUUAAAUGUUAAAUUUAUCACUGAUUUUUUUAAAACAUUGGUUUGAUGUUCACAUUCAUCCGUUUCAGUAGCUUCAGAUUUGGAGCUACUUUAAGACCUCUCUCUUUUGGUUCACUUUUGGUUAAGUCACUUCCGGGACGAGCUGAUGUAUUCAUUUUUUCAUUCAGUAUGUAUCUUGCUCUUCCUUCAGAGAGGGUAAGGCAGCACACAUGGAGUUAUCCAGUAUCACCUUCUUAACAGCCCUGUAAGGUUGUAAUUAAGUAGGUCCCUUGAUUAGUCAAGAGAAAUAGGUAACCUACAUUAAGUAUAUUCAAAUUAACAUGUGUCAAGAUACAUUAGCAUUUUAUUAGUUAUUCUGUUAAAGUGAUUGAAAUUCAAAAGUCAGCUUUUGUUCUUACAGAGCCUUGACUAUUUUGUAACCUCAUUGCUAGAAACCUUUCCAAAAGCAUUAAAGUGCUCAUUGACUUCUUUAUUGUUUUUCUGCAGCCCAUGGGUUUGGGAUGGAGGAGGAUGUUGACCUUGGUCCUAUAACCCAUGUGUCAGUCACACUAGAUGGGAUUCCAGAGGUGAUGGAGGUUCACCAAAUCCAAGAUGCAUUUGCUGAAUCACCAAGCACUCUAGCACUUGAGCAACCAAAAAAGAGAAAAGGUAAGAAAUGUGAUUAUGUGCUAAACAUUCUCCUACAAAUGGAAUACGUAUGUGCAUGUUUAUAAUAUCCAUUGAACAAUUGGAAAAAUAAUCCAAAUUAGCAUAGUGGCUCAUCAGUAAAGCAGAAUGAUCACAUCUCUUAGCUAAGUAGAUGUGUUUGACGCUGUUUUAUAUUUCAAUUAAGGUAUGUACAAGAAGAAACAUUUGAUUAUUUUAAAAUAAUAAUAAUAAUAAUAAUAAUAUUUUUUUUUAUUUAUACCCCAGCCAAGACCGGGCUCAGGGUGGCUAACAACCAAUAAUAAAAACAAGUUGAUUAAAAUACAAUUUAAAAGAUUAAGAUACAACAUUAAAACAAUUAGGGAGCAAUCUCAUCAUAGGAGGAGAAAGGAAAAAGAAAAACGGGGAGGGAAUCAAACUGAUUCUGAGCCAAAGGCCAGGUGGAACAACUCUGUCUUGCAUGCCCUGCGGAAAGAGAUCAGAUCCCGCAGGGCCCUGGUCUCAAGAGACAGAGCAUUCCACCAGGCCAGAGCCAGUGUUGAGAAGGCCCUGGCUCUGGUUGAGGCUAAUCUAACUUCCUUAGGGCCCGGGACCUCUAGGGUGUUGCUAUAUAUGGACCUUAAGGUCCUCCGUUGGGCAUACCAGGAGAGGCAAUCCCAUAGGUACGAGGGUCCUAGGCCGUGAAGGGCUUUAAAAGUCAAAACCAGCACCUUAAAUCUGACCCUGUACUCCACCGGGAGCCAAUGCAGCUGGAAAAGCACUGGGUGAAUAUGCUCCCAUGGCAGAGACCCCGUGAGGAGCCUCGUUGCAGCAUUCUGUAUUAUUAUUAUUAUUAUUAUUAUUAUUAUUAUUAUUAUUCUAAGAUAGAGACACCAUGAACUGAACUGUUUAAAUUCAGUACCUACCUACUCUGAUUCUUGGGUAUUUUCAGAGUAGAAGCUAUAGGUUAGCAGCAUGUUCAGCCUACUUCAAUUCUGCAAACCUAAAACUGAUUUAAAAUGCAGAGACCUCUGGAAACUCCUUCCUGGUGAUUGAACUCCACACAGGUGGCACAAAUAUUGAAAGUACAUCAUUUAAUUGGGGAGGCCAUGACUCCAUGGUAGAGCAGUUGCUUUCCAUGCAAAAGUUCUGAGUUUUAAUCCACAGCAUCUCCAGGUAGGACAGUGAAAGCAUGGAAAGCCAUUGGCAUUCAGUGUAGACAGUGCUGAGCCAGUUGGACCAGAGGUCGGAUUCAGCUUAUGGCUCCUUUCUGUGUUAUUUGUGCUGGUGUGAAGCCUAUGUGUUUAGGCACCUCUCAGCUGAUGCAUAUGCCUAAGCAGCAUGCCAUCUGUGUGAAAGCCCAUCACAGGGAGGUGCUUCUUCCUUUUUUAAAGUACAUUCCAGUUACAAGGCAAGCAAAGUGGAAGGAAACCAGUGUGGCUGCAUAAAGAGCUUACAGAUGAGCUGAGAGUUAAGAAGGGCAUGUAUAAGAAAUGGAAGAAAGGGGAAAUCACAAAGAAGGAGCAUACACGAGUAGCCUACAGUUGCAGGGGGAAAGUCAGGCUGACUAAAGCUCAGAAUGAGCUCAGGCUUGCAAGAGAGGUUAAAAAUAAUAAAAAAAGUUUAUUUGGCUAUGUCUGAAGUAAGAGGAAGAACAAACAAGUGGCAGGUCCUCUGCGUGGGGAACAUAGAGAAAUGCUAUAGGGUGACAGAGAAAAGGCGGAACUCCUCAACACCUACUUUACCUCUGUCUUCACCCAAAAGGAAAGUGAUGCCCAACCUGGUGAUAACAGAAUAAAUAAUGUAAGGAGGGAGCUGUAGCCCAAGAUAGGAAAAGAGGAAGUAAGGGAACACCUAGCUACUUUAAAUGAAUUCAGAUCACCAGGGUCUGAUGAGCUGCAUCCAAGGGAGCUUAUGGAUGUAAUUUCAGAGCCUUUGUCUAUUAUAUUUGAGAAUUCUUAGAAAACAGGUGAGGUCCCUACAGACUGGAGGUGGGCAAAUGCUGUCCCCAGGUAACUACCAACCAGUGAGCUUGACAUCAGUACCAGGAAAGGUCCUAGAACAGAUAAUUCAGCAGUCGCUCUGUGAGCGUUUAGAAAAGGAUGCUGUGAUUACAAAGACCCAGCACGGGUUUCUCAAAAAUAAGUCAUGACACACCAAUCUGAUUUUUUUUUUAAUGGAAUUACAAACUUGGUGGAUCAGGGAAAUGCUUUGGACAUAGUAUAUCUUGAUUUCAGUCAGGCUUUUGACAAAGAAAAAAUAAAGACUUUCUUGAGGUCAUUGUUAGGUGGAUUUGUAGCUGGUUGACUGACCGAACUCAAAGAGUACUCAUUAAUGGUUCCUUGUCAUCCUGGAAAAAAGUGACAAGUGGGGUGUCGCAGGGUUCUGUCCUGGGCCCUUUGUUGGUCAAUGUCUUUAUAAAUGACUUGGAUGAAGGAAUUGAGGGGAUGCUCAUCAAAUUUGCAGAUGACACCAAUUUGGGAGGGGUAGCUAAUGCCUCAGAAGAAAGAAUCAGAAUUCAAAAUGACUGUAACAGAUUGGAGAACUGGGCGCAAGCUAACAAAAUGAAUUUCCGUGAAGACAAAUGUAAGGUUCUGCACUUAGGCAGGAAGAACCAGAUGCACAUAUAUAGGAUGGGGGACAAUUGGCUUACUAGCAGUACAUGUGAAAAGGAUCUAGGGGUCUUGGUGGACCACAAGCUUAACAUGAGUCAACAGUGUGAUGCAGCAGCAAAAAAGAGCUAAUGCUAUUCUUGGCUGUAUCAACAGAAGUCUAACGUCGAGAUCAAGGGAAGUAAUAGUACCACUCUAUUCUAACUUGGUCAGACCACACUUGGAAUACUGUGUCCAAUUUUGGGCACCACAAUUUAAGAAGGAUGUUGACAAGCUGGAAGGUGAGCAGAGGAGGGCAACCAAGACGAUCAAGGGUCUGGAAACCAAGCCUUAUGAGGAGUGCUUGAAGGAAGCUGGGUAUGUUUAGCCUGGAAAAGAGGCUGACAGGAGAUAUGAUAGCCAUCUUCAAAUAUCUCAAAGGCCGUCACGUGGAGGGUGGAACAAACUUGUUUUCUCCUGCUCUGGAGGGUAGGACUCGAACCAAUGGCUUCAAGUUGCAAGAAAGGAGAUUCCAACUAAACAUUCGAAAAAACUUUCUGACAGUAAGAGCUGUUCAGCAGUGGAACAGACUCCCACGAGAGGUGAUGGAUUCUCCUUCCUUGGAGGUUUUUAAGCAGAGUGGCCAUCUCUCAUGGAUGCUUUAGCUGAAAUUCCUGCAUUGCAGGGGGUGGGACUAGAUGACCCUUGGGGUACCUUCCAGCUCUAAGAUUCUAUGAUUCUUAGUCUCCAACAUGGCAUGAGCCAUAAUGAUGGGUAGAUUCAACUAAUGAGUUGCAUCAGUGGAAGCCUGCAUAAGCCCUUUCUGUUGUUACCCAGUGGAGUUUCUCCCCCUGCUCUGCACAGAACUGUGUGCAAGCCGAAAUGCUUGUGCUGACAGAAUUACCACCUUAGUGUGACGUUGAAUUCCUCCCAUGUAUAUGUUUAGAUAUACAUAUAAUAUAAAUUGAUAAAGAUGAUUAUACAAUAAUCACAUGAUCAAGUUCUUUAAUAAACCACAUGACAUGUGCUCGUUUUGUACAGUCUCACGAACCUCUUUGCUUCCAUUUCACUUCUCCCUUCAGGCAAGUGAGGAAAUCAGAUCAGGAAGUCACAGUUGACAUAGCUUCCUGUUACAUGUGUACUGGGAACCAUGAUUAAUGACUUCCAGACCAGCCAGGAUUGUGUUGUGCAAAUGUGGCCAAUGUGUAAUAAUGCUUAGCAUUCAUAUCAGAAAUGGGGCGGGGGGCCAAGUACCUCCUUGUUUACAUGAGAUGGGAACCGGGGACAUCCUGGCACAUUACCAUGCUGACCAUGUGGGGAAAUGGUCAAUCCCCCUUGGUGGGGUUGCGCUACCACUGAAGGUAGCCUGAGGAUGCUUCCAGAUCCAUCUUCAUCAUUGGAGGCCCAGGCAGCCUCAGUGUCUAGAAGCAUCUUUUUCGAACUGUGACUGGAAUGGUGGCUUGAACCAUUCUGGACCACGAGAGCUUGACCACAGUAGUUCAGGCACUGGUGACUUCAAGAUUGGAUUGCUUCAAUGGACUCUCUGUGGAGCUGCGCUUAUGCUCUGACCCAGAAACCGCACUUAGUGCAGAAUGCUGCUGCAUGGUUGCUAACAGGAGUGAGGCCUUGUCAGCAUAGAGCAUCUCUGUUCCAGGAUCUGCCCUGGUUACUGAUUUUGUUUCCAGGCCAAGCUUAAUGGCUUGGAACUUCUUUACUUUUUUUACUUUACUUUACUUUAUGCUUACCUCAUAUGCUCCCACUCAUCUGCUUCAACCAGCAGAACUGGUGCUGUUACAGAGCCACAUAUUACUUGCUUCACGUUUGUAAGAAAAUGAUCUUUUAGUGCAGCAGUACCUGCACUUUGGAACUCCCUGCCUCAUGACAUCAGGCAGGCCCCUUCACUGCACUUUUCUUGGUGCCAGCUAAAAGCUUUUUUUAAUGCAAGCCUAUCUAGAUAUGUGGAGUGUUUACAUGUAUUUUAAUCUGGUUUUAGGCUUAUCAUUGAAUUUAAUUAUUUUAAAUAAUGUUCUUAAUAGUUGUUUUUAACUGUUUUUACUGAUUUGAUUGUUUUAUUCUUUUUGUAAACUGCUGUAGAUAUUGAUGUUUUACUCUUUUACUGUUAAUUUUAAUUUUAAUUGUUUUAAUCAAUUGUUUUUAACUUUUUAUUGGUAAUUUUAAUAUUUUUGUAAGCCAUUUACAGUUUUUAUUUAAAAUCAGUUGAUGCGAUAAAUUAAAAAUAAAUAAAAUAUUGCUUCUUAGAUGCCUAUUUAGCUCAUUGCUAAAUGGGAUAAAUAUAAAUUAUCAGAAUUUAACUAGCAAAGGCUUAUUGCUAAGUUUUGGAUAAAUUAUUUGGAGAUCCAUAAUUGGGAAGCUAUUUGUCCCACAAAAUAAGUACUGUAAAAUAAUUGACUUGGACUCCAUUGGUGUGCUGGGUCCUUGAACUGUUGUGAUCUUAUCUAGCAGUUUGGUUGUUUUAAAUCUGACGUGCCGUGGGUUCGAUAUUCAGUGAAAGCAUUGGUUGCCCUAUGUCUGUUUUAUAGUUUCAGUGUGAAAGUUCAUACAACAGUCAUUUUAUUUCAGGGAAGAAACCCAAAGCUCCGCGACCAGAAUCUCCUACUCUGACUCCAAACAUAUCAGUGAAAAAGAAAAGCAAAGAUGGGAAGGGUAAGCUUCGGCAACGUGAUCCGACGCCUGUCGAUAGAGCUGAGUAUAUAACAUUCUGGAUAAUUGGGAGUCAAGCACAACUACUACUUCAGCAGGGCUGCUUCAUUCUGAUCAUAGGGUUUAAGAGGCAAUGAGAGGUGUUUCUUGUUUCAUCGGAAGUGAAUUUGCCUUCUACAGUGAUAACAGUAAAGAAGAUAAUUGGGAAAUUGCCCUUGCCUCAUUCCAUGGCAAGUGCUGCUUUUUUGUACUGCAGGAGUACACAGGUACCCACUGCUGGUACUUUCUGAUACUAAGCCACACUGUAUUUUUAAGUUGUUGUUGUUGUUGUUAUUAAUUAAGCUUACAUACUGCCCUCCAUCCAAGAAUCACAGGGAGGUUUACAGUAUAAAGGUGGCUUUUCCAGGGUGUGUGUGUGUGUGUGUGUCUGUCUGUCUGUCUGUCUGUCUGUCUGUCUGUCUUACAAUGGACUCUGCUCUGUGCCUGUCAGAUAAUACUAGUCUAAGUGAAGAAUAGCAACACUAUGAACUAUGAACAAGUCCUGUAAUGCUUGUGAGCUCCUUACGAUAUAGACUGAUUUGAUCCCAUGUAAAAUUCUCUACAUAGUGCUACUUGUGUGGAGACUCUGGGCAUUAUUGAACUUGAUGAUAGAGAAUCUGCAAAUGUUAUAGCCUUGACAUGCUCACUCAGAACCAAAGUAUAAUAGUUGGAUUCAAAUACUUUUGCUUUUUGACAAUAUGUUGAAAAUGAUCAACAUAAAUUUAGAACAAAAUUGGACAGCUUUGUAGUCCAAGAGCCCGUUGAAAUAGGUUUCUGCAAAGAUAAGGGAAUCCUCAUUCUGCAUAGGUGGCCCUGUGCCCUCUUGAGGCAACCCCAAAUAUCUAAGGAAGUCAAUCCUAAAUGUUGGGGGGGGAGUGCAGUCAAAGGGACUUAUUUUUCUAUUGGUGGUUUUGCGGCAUCAUCAAACCUUUUUUAGAGUGCUGACUUCAAGGAAAUGAGCGCUACUUGGACUUAGGACCCCACCCACUCAAGAUUACCCGAAUGAUGACCUCUUAGCCUUUCUAUUGGCAGCUGCCCAUAUGGAGAUAGCCAGAUGCUGGGAAACUGACGAUGGGCUUCACAUCGACUCUUGGUGUCCCAGAGUAAAUGGCAUUGGCUGUCAAAGCAGCAAGGGACAAAUACAAUCCCUGUUCCUUUUAUAACUUUUGGCAAGUGUUUACUGAAUAGAGAAAUCAUACAGAUUGUGGCAGGAAUCUACCCAGCACUCAUGGGAAAAUGUGGCAUGAUAUUUAGAGUACAGUGGUGCCUCGCAAGACGAAAUUAAUUCGUUCCGCGAGUUUUUUCGUCUAGCGAAUUUUUCGUCUUGCGAAGCACGAAAUCCCAUAGGAAUGCAUUGAAAUUCAAUUAAUGCAUUCCUCUGGUCAAAAAAAGUCCAAACAAAGCCAAAUUUGGUACAACAAGACUUUAUUAAGUGCUCUUUAAAGUCACACAUACUGUAAAGAGCAUUUCAAAAAUUGAAAGAACAAUAAAUUAAGUUUCUAAACAUGACAGAAAAACAUUUAAAAAUCAACAAAGUGUCCAGUACAUUUUCUAAGACUCUGGGGGACAACUCGAAGAAGGUUCCUCUUCCACUCUUUGCUUCUUGCUGAAGAACCUGUCCAUGGUCUGCUGCUUCAUCCGCCUUUUCAGCACCUCCCUGAAAGGCGACAUGAUCCUCGUAUCAAAAGUGUUCGCAAAGUCAUGUGCCACGUGCUUGUCAGGGUGGUGCCGCUGUGCAAAAGCCUGCACAUCCUUCCACUUCAGGCAAAUGUCCCUCAGUUCUUUGGAGGACAGCCGUUCCUCAGUUGCUUCCUCCUCUUCCAGCGAGGCUUGCUCCUGCGCAGCCUCUGCCUGCAGUUCGACCAGCUCCUGGGUGGUCAGCUCGUGGUCGUGCUCCUCCACCAGCUCGCUGAUGUCCUCCUCUGUGACCUCCAGGCCCAUGGUCCUCCCCAAGGCAACAAUGUCCUGCACCACUGUUGACUCUGGUGCAUCAGAGUCACUUGGUGCCACACAGUCCGGCCACAGGCUGCGCCAAGCGCAAUUCAAAUUUCUCUGGCUGAUCCCGUUCCAGGCCGUGGUGAUCAUCUUCAAGCAGGUGACGAUGUCGAAGUAGUCCUUCCAGAAUUCCUGCAGGGUGAUGGUGGUAGAAUCAUAGAAUCAUAGAGUUGGAAGAGACCACAAGGGCCAUCGAGUCCAACCCCCUGCCAAGCAGGAAACACCAUCAGAGCACUCCUGACAUAUGGUUGUCAAGCCUCUGCUUAAAGACCUCCAAAGAAGGAGACUCCACCACACUCCUUGGCAGCAAAUUCCACUGUCGAACAGCUCUUACUGUCAGGAAGUUCUUCCUAAUGUUUAGGUGGAAUCUUCUUUCUUGUAGUUUGGAUCCAUUGCUCCGUGUCUGCUUCUCUGGAGCAGCAGAAAACAACCUUUCUCCCUCCUCUAUGGUGCAAUCAGUCACCUCAAAGCAUCGCCUGAGAAGCUCCUUGGUGUAGAGUUUUUUGAAAUUGGCGAUGACCUGCUGAUCCAUCGGCUGGAGCAGUGGCGUGGUGUUAGGCGGCAGGAACAUGAUGCUGAUGAAGCUGAACUCCUCCAACAAGUCCUCCUCAAGGCCUUUAGGAUGAGCAGGAGCAUUGUCCAUCAGAAGCAAAGCCUUCAGCGGCAGGUCGUUGUCCAGCAGGUACUGUUUGACAGCAGGGCCAAAAGCAAGAUUGACCCAGUCCACAAACAGCACACGUGUGACCCAAGCCUUACUGUUGGAUCGCCACAUGACACUCAGCUGCUCCUUGUCGACCUUGUGUUUCUUGAAGGCCCGUGGGUUCUCCGAGUGGUACACCAGCAGGGGCUUGAUCUUCAGGUCGCCGCUUGCGUUGGCACAGAAGAGCAGGGUCAGACGGUCCUUCAUGGGCUUGUGGCCAGGCAACUUGGCCUCCUCCUGUGUGAUGAAAGUCCUUUUGGGCAUCCUCUUCCAAAACAGCCCAGUCUCGUCGCAGUUGAAGACCUGCUGUGGAACGUAGCCCUCCAUCUUCACAACCUCCAGGAACUCCGCUGCAAAGUCUUCAGCCGCAGAAACAUCAGAACUGGCAGCCUCUCCAUGCCUGACCACGCUGUGGAUUCCAGAUCUUGUCUUGAACUGGUCAAACCAGCCUCUGCUUGCCUUGAAGACUUCUGGCUCGCCUGAGGUUCCUGGCUGUUCCCGGACGAGGUCUGCGUGCAAGGCCUUGGCCUUCUCACAAAGGCGGCCUCAGUCACUGUGUCCCCUGCCCGCUGCUUCUCUUCUAACCAGAUGAACAGCAACUUCUCCACCUCCUCCAGAACAGCUGGGCGGUUCUUCACAAUCCUGGUGACUCCCUUGGCUGCAUCAGUCGCAAGGAUCUUCUCCCUCAUCUUCAGGAUGGUCCCGAUGGUCGAUGGAUUCCUCCCGUACUCCCUGGCGAGGUCUGUCACACGCAUUCCACCGUCGUGCUUCCGGAUGAUCUCCUUCUUCAUUUCCAGCGUAACCUUCUCCUUCUUCCCCUCGCUGGCCUCUGCAGCAGCAGUCUUCUUGGGUCCCAUGGCAGCACAGCUCCUACCUGCGCAACCCCCCCCCCCAAAUCAGUGCUUCACACCCAAAAAAUUCAAAAGCACCCAGCCACCCACCACACAGAAAUUCAAACCCAGAACCAAGUCCUUGAAUUCCAAACACCCCAACCCAAAAUCCAACCCCCCCCCCCAAAAAAGUUUUAAAAGUUUAACUUACCGAAUGGCUGCAAAAGAAGUUUUGGGAAAGCUUCAAAAAUCACCAAAGUCUUCAAAAACCUCAACUAUUCCCCCAGCCACCCACCCCACAGAAAUUGCAAACCCCUCCCCAACUGUUGUAAACCCCUCCCCAACUGUUCCCCCAGUCACCCACCACACAGAAAUUCAAACCCAGAUUUUUUUUUAAAAAAAACAGCGGAGUGGCCCAAUGGUCACAGAAAAUCAUAAAAAUGCAGGAAAAAACCACACAAGCUUCCAGAUUCUUGCAAACCCCUCCCCAACUGUUCCCCCAGCCACCCACCACACAGAAAUUCAAAUCCAGAAUUUUUUUUUAAAAAACAGCAGAGUGGCCCAAUGGUCACAAAAAAUCAUAAAAAUGCAGGAAAAAAACACACAAGCUUCCAGAUUCUUGCAAACCCCUCCUCAACUGUUCCCCCAGCCACCCACCACACAGAAAUUCAAACCCAGAAUUUUUUUUUUAAAAAACAGCAGAGUGGCCCAAUGGUCACAGAAAAUCAUAAAAAUGCAAAAAACAAACAAACACACAAGCUUCCAGAUUCUUGCAAACCCCUCCCCAACACCAAGUCCUUGAAUUCCAAACACCCCAACCCAAAAUCCAACCCCCCCCAAAAAAGUUUUAAAAGUUUAACUUACCAAAUGGCUGCAAAAGAAGUUUUGGAAAAGCUUCAAAAAUCACCAAAGUCUUCAAAAACCUCAAAAAAGGCUACCACACCGCGUGCUAUGAGUUGCUCCUCGAAGUCAAGUCACAACUGCACCUCUUCAAGCAUUGCACCCUGGGUAUUAACGGUUUUACGAAAAAGGAAACAAACUUGCAAGACGUUUUCGUCUUGCGAAGCAAGCCCAUAGGGAAAUUCGUCUUGCGAAGCACCUCAAAAAACGAAAAACCCUUUCGUCUAGCGAGUUUUUCGUCUUGCGAGGCAUUCGUCUUGCGGGGCACCACUGUAAUCAGAUGAAACUUUCAUAGAAUGAAAGUCUGUCAUUCUAUUGGGUAAAUAAACAAACCACUGUGUUGCAAAAUGUGACUCAGCAAUAUUGAAAGCAACACAAUGGCCAGAAACACUUACAGUAUAGAAAACUUUAUGGAAUAAUGCAAAACAUGAAAACUAUCAAACUGAAGUCUCUGAAAGUCCUUGAAUAAGUCACGGUGCCAGACUUUACCCAGCGGAAAUCAAGUUUGUAUAAUCAGCAAAUGUCCAGUUCUGAUGUCCAACUCUGAACUCUGCUGAACAGUGUUUCCGGAUAGUAACUACUGUUUCGUUCAGUUCUUCACCAGCCAAUUAGUUCAACAAACUCUCGUAAGUACAAAGAUGUGUAAUUUCUUCAUUAUCUGAAAAUAAAAUAUACAAACGAUGACCUGCACAUACAUAACAAUAACUUCAAAUAGCGUGGAAAUUAUAAACUGUAACAUAAAAAGGUUACAUACCCAAUCUUUUUUUGAACUGAUAUACAUGAGAAUGAAAAAUACUCUGGAACAGUGCUCAUACAAUUAUGUAGUCACUGUUACUAACAUCAUUUUUUGAAAAAUAUAUAUAGCCAGCCCCAGGUGAUACUGAUAACAAGGAGACUGAGCUUAAAGCCACAGUACAAAGUAACAGCAAACAUACAGAUAAUCAAAUAAAACAUUUGAGGUCUAAUUCCGAGUUAAGUCCCCCUGGAUGAAUGGAUUUAAACAUAAAAAUAAAACGGGUUUCUUGCUGCCGUAACUGAUGUUCAUAAUCUUUUCUGAUACCCUUUGUCCCCUGAUUCACCCAUAAAACUGUAAAUAAUAAAUCCGUAUCUGAAUUGUUGUGGGAAACAAAAUAUUCUACCAGAGGUGCCUCCAUAUUGGCGUUACGUAUGCGUGAACGAUGUUCCCCAAUCCGAACCCCAACUGCUCGAAGUGGUGGAGCCUAUAUACAAUAGAUUACAAGGACAUCGGAUAAGGUAGACAACAUCUCUGGUCUGACAUGUACUAAAUUGACAAAUAACAAAACUGAAAUUAGUUUUCUCAUCAUAAAUUUCUGUAAUCUGUGAAGAAAAAGGGCAGGAUAAACAUCUGCUACAUUUGUGGUGACCAGUGGGCCCAGAACUACUGAUGGUAUAUUAUAAUUCUUUCGGAAUUCAUAUCCGUGUGUACUAACAUUUCCUUAAUUGAUUUGGUCCGUCUCAGGCCAAUCAAAGGAAAUUCAUUACAACCUGGUACAUUCCAGAGUGCAUGCCAAUGUUUGCAUAGAAUUCUAAUGAUUCUAUCUACAUGAGUGGUAUAUUAUAAUGAACCCAUAAUGCGAUUUUUGAGACAGAGAGGUGGCUGUGGGACUAUGGAAGAAAAGAAGGGUCCCAAAAUCCAGGAUAAUUUAUUUGAAGUUAUUGUUAUGUAUGUGCAGGUCAUCGUUUGUAUAUUUUAUUUUCAGUUAAUUAAGAAAUUACACAUCUUUGUACUUACAAAUGUCAUUUUAUUGGGACAAGUUAUUUGUUGUUUACUGCGGUAACAAUUGUUUUCUCAAAAUGUGUCUUUCUGAAAUUCUUUUUAUUCAUUUAUUUUAGGAAACACAAUUUACCUUUGGGAGUUCUUGCUAGCUCUGCUUCAGGACAAAGCCACUUGUCCGAAGUACAUAAAAUGGACUCAGAGGGAAAAGGGCAUUUUUAAGCUUGUGGAUUCCAAGGCCGUGUCGAGGUUGUGGGGAAAGCACAAAAACAAACCCGAUAUGAAUUAUGAAACAAUGGGCAGGGCUCUCAGGUAGGUAAACUUAAGAUCAUGACAGAAUAUACUCAGCACAAAAUGUAUAUCAUAAGGGGGAGAGCAUCCUAAGCUAAAACAAUGUUAAGCACUAAUACUAGUAAAUAUUAUAUACAGAUAUACAAAAAUACUUUGUGCGGAGCUCACCCCGCUCUCCAAAACCACAACCACACUCCCAACCUAAUGAGGAUAGAGUCUGAUCAGUGAGCCUGCCAUGCUGACUGUUGGGAGGGAAAAGAUUGAAAAUAAUAUUAACAUUCUAGAAAUAUUAAUACUGUGGUUGAAUCAAGACUAGCUAGCGCUGGACUAGUAAGACAUGGCUCACAAUCUUCCUCUCUUAGCAUGGAUACCGGCUGUUAAAUGAAUCAUGACCAUCUCAGGCCCACAACUGCAUUUUUGUUUGCAGUGUGGCUUCAUAAGCCCAGGUGGAUCCUGUUCUGUACUUUGAGCGGAAUGUCCUUGGUUGCAUGAAGACCUUUCAGAAUAUGGAGAGUGAUCUGUUGGGGGAAAGUACUUGAGUAUUCAAAGCUCAUCAAGAACAGAAACAGCAGGAAAUGAAUUGUGUUCAUUCUUUUAAAAGUGCAUAUUGCUGCAUUAAUCUGUUAGUGUUAAAACAGUAUUUUAGGUAGAGUUUCUCCAACUUUAAGUACAGUCGUACCUUGGUCGAUGAACACCUUGCGACUCAAACGUUUUGGCUCCUGAACGCCGCGAACCCGGAAGUGAGUGUUCCGGUUCGUGAACGUUCUUUGGAACCCGAACGUCCAACACAGCUUCUGCGGCUUCCGAUUCAGUGCAGGAAGCUCCUGCAGCCAAUCAGAAGCAAUGCCUUGGGUUUUCGAACGAUUUCGAAAGUCGAAUGGACUUCUGGAACAGAUUCCGUUCAACAACCAAGGUACAACUCUAUUCCUUUGUGUAAUCUUUGGUGUGUUUUCCUACUUCAAAUAGAUAUUAUUACCAAAGAGGCAUUCUGGCCAAAGUAGAAGGACAACGUUUGGUGUAUCAGUUUAAAGAAAUGCCAAAAGACCUUGUUUACAUAGAUGAUGAAGAUCCAAGUUUGAGUACAGAUUCCCCCGAUUCAUCUUUACAAUCAGCACCUGCUGGUAAUAGAAACCAAAUGGGCAGGUCUAAAACGUCUUCAAACAUGGCACAAAAAGGAACAUCUGCUGCUGUUUUAAAGACUCCAGUCAGCUCCAAGUCUGCCAGGCUUAAGCAGCCCAUUGAAAAUUUUCAACAGCAGCUGCCCACCGUGACAUCAGAAGUGUUGAGGACGGUGCAGCCUAGUCAGCCAGUCCAUCCAACUCAGCUUUAUCGGACAGUUCAUUUAAUGCACCCCGUGCAACCCAUUCCAGAAGGACACACAGCUGUGAGCAGUAACAUGCUGGAGGAGAACAUAAGGUAAGAAUGUCAGAACAGGGCACCUGGGGCUGCUGGGGGCAGCUAGCUUUAACAACAACAACAACAAUCAUAAUACCCUGCUUUUCCCCGCAGACAGGACUCAAGGCAGCUUACAGAUAAGAACAAGAAUCACUAAAAACAUGGAAAAAACAAUUAAAAAACAAUUAAGAGAACUAAAACUAUAUACAUAUAUAAAAUCUGUUUAAAACAUACAAAUAAUUACAGUACCUAAACUGUUAACCAGAAACCAUUUUGAGUUUCGUCAACAAGUCACUUAAGCAAAACCUUGGGUUACCUUGACUUUGUGAAGAUGUCAGCUCCCAGAGAGAAGCUCCCAGUCUCUCUGCUCCCUGCUGCCACCAAGCAGCUCCUGCUAAACAGGUCCACAACAGCACAAGGCUUUGAACUUUGAAAGUCUGUUCCAAGCCCUAAAACAGACAGACGUGUACCUUCAUUCCUCCACACUGUGCAAUGACAUAUACCUUCUGGGUGGCUCACAAAAAAUUAAAGGAAUAAAAUACAAUACUAAAUAUGAUGAUACAGAUGAUAAAAGUUAUUAUUGAAGGAUGAAUAAGUACAGCAAUUAAGAACAUGCAUAUAAAAUAAAUCACAAACCCUGAUUUGAGAAGCCUAUAAUUUUAAAAAGAUGGGAGGGUGCUACAUUGACAGGAUGCCACCACCACAAAGGCCUUCUUCCUAGAGGCCACCCAUCUCACUUCAUUUGCCAAGGGCACUUGAAGCACGGGCUCCUCUGAUGAGGAUGUUAAGGAUCAGAGAAAAUAAAAAAUUUUUAAAAGUAACUUGGCCUUUAAAGUUGUUAAGAGCUUUAAAAGUAUGCAAGCAUCACUUUAAAUUGAGCCCAGAAACUUAACUGGGAUCCGGUGCAGCUGGCAGAGCUGGGAUGUAAUGUGGCCAAAAUAAUCUUGGGAGCAUAUUCUGGACCAACGGCAAUUUUCAGUGCUUUUUAAAAGUUGUCUCCAUGUCUAACCCAUUGCAAAAGUCUAAAUGGGCGGUUAGCAGGCCAGAUAGGACUGCAUCUGGCUUGUCAUGCAUAGACUAGGACACUAGGAAGAUGUGAAAAUAAGAUACCUAAAAGUGGAGGGCAAAUUUGCACUUCUCUCUCAAAUGGUUAAUGUACAUCCAAGGCACCCAGAAAUUUAGAAUUUGGCACAUAUGUAGUCCAGAACCCAGUGGCUACAAGAAAAAGUUUGAAAAUUAGUCAUUGUUCCCUCAAAACUAUAAUAUUGGGGUUAUGGUGCUCACCUCACAACAAAAAACAAGUUGCACUGAAUAACUGAAACAUUGGCUUGGGAAUUCUGUUCUGGAUUGGGGGUGGGGACAAUUCCAAUCAAAGCCCAAAACACAGGCGGUUGCUUUCAGAUGCAAACUUUUAUUUACUUAUUUUCACACAGACUUCACUGCUGGUCAGUGGGCAUUAGAGAUAAAAAUCUGUGAAUAUGGUUAGUCCACAACAGCCGGUUUUGAGGGGCCUCACAAUGCCUAGAAGUGCCAUGCUUGGUGUUGUGGUUCUGCUGGGCUGGGCUUGCCUCCAGAGUGCUUCACAGCCGACACAAGCAGGGAGAACUGAAGUACAAGGCAAUGGGAUGAGAGGGGAGCAGUAUUGGAGGGUGGCAUGGAACAAAAUGGAAUACAGUCAUACCUUGGUUUUUGAACAGAAUGCAUUCCGGAAGUCCAUUCGACAUCUGAAACAUUCAGAAACCAAGGCGUGGCUUCUGAUUGGCUGCAGGGGCAUCCUGCAGCCAAUCGGAAGCUGCGCCGGAUGUUCAGCUUCUGAAAGAACGUUUGAAAACCGGAACACUCACUUCCAGGUUUCAGUCGUUCGGGAGCCGAAAUGUAUGAGUACCAAGGGGUAGAAGGAGGGAGAGAAAUACAGAAGACACUUCCUAUUUUGAGGGUUAUUUUUAAAUUCCUCCUUACAGAACACAAACACAUCCAGGCACACAGACUUUGCUAUUUCUUGAGUCCUUUGUGCAAAACUAAGGAACUGUUAGUUAUUGAAGCUGGGGAGGAUUUUUGAUGGGGGUAUAUUUUAAGAAGAUAAACAGUCAUGCCGAAGUGUUUCCCUACUUUUUUGCUGCUGUUUUAUUUAAGGUGUCUUUUGUAGCCUUUGAAAAAUGGAAUCAAUUAGCCAUUCCAAAAAGAAAGCAUCAAAAAUAUGCCUCUCUGCAAUUUUUUUGCAUUUGCCUUUUUCGCCAGGGGGAUAUUUUAAACAUCCACCCUCACUUUUAUUUGCAGAAAGUAACUUCUAGGGUAAGAAGUGUGAAUAGAGGAUUCUGGGUCUUUUUCAGCUUUGUGAUGCCAUGGGAAAAGUCUUACAAUGCAGCCAUUUUUCAGCCAGAAGAGCAAUAAUGAACCCUACUCUCUAAAUUUGCUCUCUGUUUGAAUAUCAGCUGACACCAGCCACUCCCUGCUUCUCAGCUAUCUUAAGGCUUAUGCCGUGCAGAAAUAAAAAAGGCCUUCAUUGGAAUUCACCAGUGUCUGAUGCCCAUUAGGAGCAGCAGGGUGGAGACAGCGAGGCCAAGAAUUGGCAGGCAGAGUCCUCUGCUCCUGGCUUUGUCCCUGUCCUCCUUCUGCCUGCUAAGUUCUGCAAGGGCAAAACUGAGAUGGAGGAGGAGGAAGCACAGGCAGAACUCUCUGGGCUCAUGGUAAAAGUAAUAUUUUGAUACUGAACAGAUUUGGGGAAAGUUACGGUGGUCAACUGAGUUACUUCUAUUUUGGAUGAACAAGUAGAUUUUAUUUCUAAAUUGUGUUCACAAAGAUUCAAGAUAUUUUGUAUGUUAAUACUUUAGCUUUGUGUCAGACUUUAGUUUUAGUUUUAAUGUGUGAAGAGCCUCGUCCUCUUCAUUUGUCAUAUUCCUCACAACUAUUCUAGUUUUCUCCUCAUCCUCAACAUCGUUUGCUUUAGGCUGAGAGUUUGGUGUUUUCCAGUGAGUCCUCAUUAGGGAUUUAGCAUUGGCUUUCCAGGCUGAAGGCAAGUUCAUUGUCAUGUGGCUUUCAAACAGAACAAUAUUACAAAUGCAUUAGAAGUAGUGGGGGAAAAUGUAAUUAUUUUUGCCUCUCUUAACAGGACUAUCCAAGCCCCAAGCCAAGUUCCGGUUGUUGUGUCCCCAGGGAAUCACCAGCAGCUGCAUACAGUAACACUCCAGACAGUGCCUCUAACCACAGUGAUAGCCAGCGCAGAUCCAACAUCCACCACAACACCCCAAAAGUUUAUUCUACAAGCCAUCCCAACUUCACAGCCCAUGACUGUGCUUAAAGAGAACAUUAUGCUGCAGUCUCCCAAGCCAGUCUCUCCUCCUUCAUCCAUUGUCUUCAGUCCUGCUCAGGUUCACCAAGUUCUCACCAGCAACGUGCAGACCAUUUGCAAUGGAACAGUCAACAUGGCUUCUUCUCCAUCCUUCAACACUGCUACCCCCGUGGUAACUUUUACGCCCAGCAAUUCACACGUUGUUGCUCAGCCGUCCAAUACUGUGAUCGCUUCCGUCAUUAAAGCUCCAGAAACGAAACCAACUGUUAUACAAGGAGUGAUAAAAUCAGAGGCAGAGGAUAACACAGUGGAAGAAUGCAAACACUCAGAGCAAGGCUUCCAACAGCAGCCUUUGAUGGUGGUGGUAUCCAACUCCAAUGGAUUUCCCUCUUCUGUGCAAAUUAAGCAAGAAAGUGAACAGUUGGAGCAAAGUUCAUAUAAGUAAAGGUUUUUUUUGUGAUGGGACUUCAUCAGCUGUUUAUGUAUCAUUUGAUUCCAGGCAUUACAAAGCUACUUUAAUUUCUGAAAUUAAUUUAGAAGUAAUACGAUACACUUAAUUUCAGUGUUUUGUUUGCUAAAUGAUAUAAAAUAUUAUUGUUUAAAAAUGCAAGCUUGAAGGAAUAUGGCAUUUAUCUUUUUUAGAUCACUGUCCAAAAAAUCUUAAUUUCAUACACUUCAUGCAUUAUUUGUCUAUCUUGCUAUCUUGCAUAAUAAUAUAACCAUUGCUGUAAUCAGUGCUUUAAAAUAAUAAAUUUCUACAAAGAUGUUUUCACCCAUCUAUGUGAUUCUUUUAGCAAAUUCCAAAGAUUUGUUUAAUGCCAGUGAACUAAAAUACUUUUGUUUUUAUAUGGACAGAAAACAAGCGGACAGUUGGAAAUAUCCUUGUUUCUAUUGUGUUUUGCACCAACUACUUCGUUGUGCAAAAUGAAAUACACCUCCUGUCCCAAGAAGAUACUAAUUUACAAUAUGCUUUUGUUUUCAUAAUGCGGAUAUAUUGGGUAUUCCCUGUUCACCAAAACUGAAGUUAUCAUUACAGGUGCAAUUAUUUUCAGACCACUUCAACAUUCAAGCUUUAAAAAAUGCGUUUCCCAUUAUUUUGUAGGAAGGUGAAAAAAGAAUUGUAUGAUUUAUGAAAGUAUUUUGAGAUUAAAAUGUUUCUAUAGAACUACAGUUUUCUAUUGUACAUAUGUAAUUUAAUUUCUCAAAGACUUUUUCAAAAUUUUGUUUCCAUAGAGCGAUAUUUUAUAGAUACAAAUAAGAUCAUUAUGUUUAGAGCUCUAAAGUUAUAUGUAUUCAGAUAUUACAGAGUGGAUUUGUAUUUAAAAAAAAUUUAAAUUGUGGAACCCUUCUGAACCUUUUUUGUCUUUUGUAUUUUAAUUGGUUUAUUAUGAAAAUAAAUCAAGUACAACAUGUUUAUAUGUUUUUGUUUGUGAAUCUAGGAGUCUGGAGAGAUAAAUUUGGCAUGCAUUACCAUGUAGUUCAUUAUCAGUUCAUUAUCCUGAACUGUUGUUCAGGAUAAAACAGUCUUGGUAAAUAAAUUCAAAUACAGUACAGCAAAUAAUGAAGUGUCUUCACCAAUAUGGCCAUCAAAUACACUCAGCAUAAAAAUAAUUUUUAAUCCCCCAAUGUUGGUAGGUUGCAUCCAACGCUUCACAGGUGACCUGCUCAUGCAACAGGACUUCUCACUCCUCUCCAAAAUAUUGUGUGCACACUGUUGACUGACGACUCUUCUGCACUGUCGUCCACUCCUACUUAUCCCCACGUUGCAGUGAUUUAUGACAAUCCUGCAUUGUUAUGUACUAAGCAGGCUUCUAUCUAGCAGCUUCCAGAAGCACAAUCUUUUGUGGCAGAAACAACAAAGUAUACAAUUGUAUACAUUUAAGCUGGUACCCCUUGCACCUCCUGGCAAUUUGGCUCCAUAUAGCUGCCAAUGGAUGAUAACUCUUCAUCUGUCUAAUGGGCUCUAGUUUGCAAAAGCUUAUGCCAUGAUGAGUUGGGUAAGUGUUUUAAGAUAGCACAAGAACAUGUAAUACAUCAAAACAAGUGAUUAUUGUAUAAAGGGCUGAUGUGAAAUAGAGCUUAACUAUACUCCUCUCCCUAGUCAUUUUCUAUCAGUGGCAGUUUUCCAUUCCAGGGGUGGGGGAAUACCUCAUGGGCACUGUGAAGCUUUGAUUAUCCUUGGAGCGUGGUCACUGAGUGUGGACAUCCUGAACCACAGGGUACCUGGCGGCAAGUCGCUCUGGAGUGCACGAUCCCACAUCAGAUGUUAGUGUGCAGUCCAGCAGGCCAACAGGUCCAAAGUCCAGUCAGACCAGGUUCCUGUCUUUGCAGCUGAUAAAGGGGUCAGGGCACUGGGAGGUCAGUCCCACACAAGCACAGUCCCCAAGAACUCCCUGGAACAUCCAAGCGAGGGUCCAACUUACAUGGGAAGUUAGGCAGACACAGCACCUCUGCUCUGUUUCCCUUUUAUCUCUUGUCUGCUGAUUGCAGCCUCUGAGCUUGAUGGGGCAGGUGACCUCACCUGUUCGGCGCCUACUCCAGCUGGGGAAUCACACACUUCCUCCCAGAGCUAAUGAGCCCCAGCUGGUCAGUUAGGGAGCUGGGCUGUGGGCCCUUGCCUGCCUCAGCUUCCUAGCAGGUCCCUUCCGCUGCUCUUUAUGCCUUGGAGUCCUCCAUGAUUGUAGAGACGGGCCUCUCUGGUCCUGCUGCUCUGGUUCCUGUGCACUGACCCCCAGCAUCCUCCAUCUCCCCACGAGUACUUCCUACACCAACCUCCUUUCCCCAUCCUCAGCUUCCCCAGGUGUGUCCUCUUCCUCCUUUUCCUCCUCCCUGUUGUCCUGCCAGUUCAUGACAGUGAAAACCCCUGCAACAGUGGCCUUGUAAUCUUACAAUCCCAUAAGAUCUUUUUCUGUAUCUCAAUUCUUUUCUUUUCUUUACUUUUUGCUUUCCUCACCAUUAUUUUUCCUUUGGGAUGUGGGUAAAAGGAAGAAAAAAAGAAGACUCAAAAUACAGCAUUUAAAGCAAAUAUGGAAACAUGCACAGCUGAAUCUAUAGGGAAGUUUGUAGCGGAAAAGAUAAUUUGCCCACAGCAUUUGCUUGUGCACCUGUCAUUUAUCUCCAUUGCAAAGAUAAUAAACACAGAAGGAAUUCCUCAAUUUUGGUUUUCUAGAGCUAGCUCUUGUUUUAAAAAUACUUUAAAGUUUUGGGCAGAAGAGAGCGGUCGACAGAAAUCAAUAGCUAUAUCUAAUCUUUUACUAAUUAUAUGACAGGCUGGCAGGUGCAUGCCCUCCAACAUUUUCGUCCCCCAAAUGGGACGUUAGGAGGGGCACACCUUCCUCUCCUGCUGUGUGGUGCUCAUCGGCUCUGUUGACUCGCUCCAUUCCAGGAUCCAAACACAAGCCAGGAUUGGCUUCUGUGAUCUGGAAUGUCCCACGAUAUGCAAGGAUGUGCAAGUGCACCCCACCACCCUUACAACAACAACAAAUAAUAAUAAAAAAUGAAACAAAAGGAAGCAGGAGUAGGGCUCUUUCUAGCUCCCCACCCUCAAGGAUAUUUUUUUUUAAUGUAUAUAUUUAAAAGUACAGCCAAUCUGCAUGCAAGUCACUGGAGGCUUCUGCAAAAACAAUCAUUUUAAAAGGGAAAGAAGCAGAAAGAAUCUGUUAUUGGCAGAUAUAAUGGAGCUAAAACAAAAACAUGGGAGAACGGAGGUUUUAUGAGACAGGAAAAAAUGCCAGAACUUCAAGCUCCAGAGGUGUAUAAGGGAGCCAUUGGAGCACGCCACAAUCGCCUAACCUUGACUCCCAUAGGUUCAGGUCUUCAAGCAAGGGACUUCAGCCAGGAGAUAGAAGCAAACCAGCAGCCAGUAGGCUUUGCAACACCACUUCAAACUACCAUAUAGAAGCAGAGAGAAGCCCCAAACAAUGGUUACAUCCAUAUUCCCAAAAUACAUUUCCAAAAGCAGCAUCAAGACAUCAUAGAUAUGUCCCAGAAAAAUGUGUGGUCUCAGGUAGAACCUGAGAUCCAGGCAUGCCCGAGUCACUCAAAGUCUUUCACACAUACUCCAUCACAGUACAAAUAAAAGUAUUUCGUUUCCAGAUCCCUGUGUCAAGUCAGAUACACCCAUUUGUGUCCCUGGGCUUCUUCCCACUAUGGGGCAGGUAGGCACUGUGACUGACAUGGUCAUGUCUGGCACGCCCAUGACUCCUUGGGAAGGCCCUGGGCUCUCUCGCCGCUCCCCUUACACCUCGCUUCCCUGGGUCCUAAAUGCCAUUGGAAAUGAGGAGAUUGAUGCAACGAUGCGAUUUCUAGUUUCCCCAUUGAGCCACCAGCCAAUUGCGACAGUUGGGCACGUGCCUCGGGGGCGGGAGAGGGGGGCGGGGGGUCUCGCGCCCUCCUUCCAAUUUCCCGGUAACUGGUACGGAAAAUUUCUAUAGCUAGGCAAGAUUUCAGCCAAAUAUAUAUUAUGCUUUGCAUGAGAAAGCCGAGAAAUGAUUAGCUUAUAAAGUGAAGCCACGUAAAUUUAGAACCAGAACCAGACGAGGGUCGGGAGCUUCAGGAGAGAAGCCCUUUCCAGGCAAGAUCUCGGUGUCCUUCCCGCCCCGAGGC